GCUAUCCCAGGGUGCUGUUCGCGGCGUGGGCGCCGCCGUCCCGCUGAGGGGGAGACAGUCUGCGCGGCUGCCUCGCCAACGAGACGCGCUGCGGGCUGCCGCCAAACGGACAUGUUAGCGCCGAGGCCCUGAAGGCGGGAGGCCGACGAGAACGACGUCCCGCCGCUUCCUUCGGGGCUCCUCCGCGCGCGGUAGCAAGAGGCCGCCGAGCCACAGCCAUGGAGGCUGUGAACGCCUUCAACCAAGAGGUGGGGACGGGGCCCGGCAAGGGAGCGCGGGACGGGUAGGCCCCGGCUGUUGGUGGUGGGGGGUUGGGAGCGGCUGGCGACCGCUGAUACCGCUCUGGAGCCUGGGGCUGGAGGCCGGAGUUCGCAGGCCUGGUCUGAGGCGGAGCAGCCGACGGGAAAGAGUUGCCAGCGCCCUUCGGUGUGCGGCGGCCUCUCCUGGGCCCGGCGUGUGGGUGGCGGCGCUGCGUCGGGUGACGCGGAGCUUCAGGGGCCGCUUUCCUCUCAGCCCUCUUCCCCUCCGCUGCACACGCGACUUCCCUCAAGCUCGAAGGGGGCCUAAGAACUUUCGCCACACUUCCCAGGUCCUCUAUCCCGGGCCCGGCUGCUGGGGAGACCCGGCCGGGCUGUUUAAGGUCAGCCCUGUAGGCCAAGGGAGAGGCCGGGAAUGGAAGUAAUGCGCGCGUGCCGGGUAGCGCUUCGCUGUAGGGGGGGAGGAAGGGGGCCUAAGUAUAUUGUGCGUGUGUGUGUGUGUCUGUGGGCGAGCGCGCACUUCGAGGAGAUCGCGGUGCGGGGUGGCGGCGGAGUGAAGAGGAAGUUUCUGGCCUUUUUCUUGCAGCCAUUUGAUGAUGAAGAUCCGGGACGUGCGAAGAGAUUAGGCGUCUCGAGGGCAUGUUAUUUCCAGCCCUAUUACGCGACCCAUCAAAAAGUUUUGUAUUUAAAGUUACCAUCCCAACUGUUUCUGUGAUACUGUGCGAACCCCUUGCGUUGCAGAAUCUAGCAAUGAAUAAAAGCUACCCCACUGAUUAUGUCUUAGAUAAUGUACACGGUUUUCAAAUUAUCGUGCACAUGGCGCGAGUGUGAAUAGAAAAUCCGGAAGAUUUCCCCCUUAUUUUCAGGUCUGGUUGUGGUGGGUAGGAAAAGUGAGGGAAUUGAUCUCAAGGAGCAAAGAGUUCCUAGCCAACAUCAGAAACUUGCUUUUUAAAGGUAACAUUGGGCAUAUUCUCACAACAGAAUGUCAGAAGAAUUCCGAGCUGAAGUGUCUGGUGAAUCGCAUUGAAACUGAAUGGCUGCUGCUAGUGUUUUAGUGUAUUAACAGUUGACAUUCAUAAAAGUCUGUUUCAGCGGACUAACAUUGCUACUUCUCUAAAAGGUUUCUGUGUACUGCUGUGGUAUUCUGGAAAAUGGAUACAAGUGUUAUUAAACUACAUAAAGAUUGCAGCAAAUUUACAACUUAAUGUGAUUUCUGCUGCAGAUAACCAGAUAAAUCAAAGUGUGCAUAAAUGCAGGUUUACAUGGACAUAAAGUAGACUUUAAUGUUUAAAUCACUGUAUAUGCUUUUUGAACAGAAAACUCUGUAAAGUUUGCUCACUGUAAAUGCUUUUAUAUUUGGGCAUAUCAGUGGCCUUCCAGUUAGGAAACUUAAUGUUCAGAACUGAAAGAGUACAUUAAGCUUCAGAAUAUUGCCCUUCAUUUAAGCACAGCAUUAUGACAGCCAUACACACCUCUGGUUGUCUUUCUUUGGGUCCUACACAACCCGAUACGAAAUAUCAAAACAGCUAUGCAUAAGUGGCAGGUUCAGUUUGCCACCUGGGGCUUGUUCAGUACUACUAAAUUGUCUUAACACGGACCUAUAAAUGCUCAGUUGCAUGAAAAGUAUUUUGGGUAACUUUAGUGCAUGUGCUGGGUGUGUAUGGGAUGUGUUCAAUUAACAAAUGGAUUCUUUUCAGUAUUGUAUGUAAAACUUUAUAAAUGCUAUCAUCAUCAACUUUAGAAAAAGCAUUGCAGUUUGUGUAAUGUUUCCAUAAAGAGAAUGAACAGUUGCUUAAUUGCUUGGGGUAGUAAGUAUUAUUUCAGAGUGUUUUCUAAGAUUACUGUGUGUGAGCUCCUGAGAUGAAGUACAGUGGUACCUCGGGUUAAGUACUUAAUUCGUUCCGGAGGUCUGUUCUUAACCUGAAACUGUUCUUAACCUGAAGCACCACUUUAGCUAAUGGGGCCUCCUGCUGCUGCUGCGCUGCUGCUGCACAAUUUCUGUUCUCAUCCUGAAGCAAAGUUCUUAACCUGAGGCAAUAUUUCUGGGUUAGUGGAGUCUGUAACCUGAAGCGUAUUUACCCCUAGGUACCACUGUACUCAAAAUGUUCAGCUAAGUGUUAGAAUGGCUACUGCAUCUUCAUGCAUUGUGUUAUGGCAGAAAGCCAGGAAGUGGCUAUGCUGACCUCUUUGCUUCACCUUGGUAGAGAUCAUAGUACAGGUGUGUGGCUGCUGUCUUCAGAGUUCUCUGUACUGCUCUGAUAUUCUGUGUUUAGAUAUAAAUGGAAGAAUGAGACCUGUGGAGCAUCAUUGUAGUACAAAUGCACUGAAGAAAAAGAGAGACAUGAAAAAUGCAAGCCAUUGUGGCAUUUUACAUGCCCACAAAUUUAACGUAUAUUGUGUAGGCUUUAUCUUUCAGAGAAAUAGUAAAAUGAUUGUUUCCUAAGUCCAGAAUAAAUAGUGAUGCUUGGUAACUUAUUCUUAGACCUAAAUCCUACUGGUUUGAGUGGAGUAUAAUUCUAAUUGCAACCGUAGAAACUUUAUGGAAAACUCCUUUAUGUCAAGGUUUGCCGUAUCCAGAAUAUUGGAGCCGCAAGCAGUGUCUGGGUAGAAAUAGGCUAAAUGUCCAGGGAAAUCUGGACGUAUGGUAGCUGAUGUUGGCAGUGUUGUUUUUGCUGAGUUAGCUCAGGAAAGCUCAAAAAUGUCUAAUUUUGGGGGGCAAAACUAGAAAAAGAAAAAGCUCAACUUUACUGUGCAGAUUUUCACUUUUUGAACAUUUUUAUAGCUUGUUUACAUUUUAGGUCUGACUGUGGCCCAGAUGCCAUAAUCACAUAUUUUGUGUUGUCAUAAAGGGUUGUCUUAAACCCUGAGAAAUAAGGUAUAAAUUGAAAAUAAAAUGGAGCAGUAAUGGGCUUAAAAUUUCAAAUAAUUCAGAGUACAUACAUAUUUUAGCAUCUGUUGUGGAUAUGUGUUCUCUUUUCCAUAAAGUGAAAUUUAUUUACAUAUUGUGGGACUCUAAAGUUGGAGGACACCCAGUGAUUCAAGUGCUUGAACCCCUACUCAUUUCUAGAUGUUGCUGUCCUACAACUCCCGUCAUUCCUGAACAUAGUUAGGGUCUGAUGGGUGGGCCUGAUUAGAGCUGUAGUCUAAAACAUUUGGAAGACACCAGUAAUCUUCAUUGAUAGUAUCCCCUCCAAUACCGUGUAUUCAGCUUUUGACAUCUAGACACUAUAUUCCUCUUGGGCAGGGGUCAGCAACCUUUUCCAGUUGUGUGCCAGCCCACAGUCCCUCAGACCAUGUGGUGAGCCGGACUUUUUUUUGGGGGGGGGGAAUGAACACAAAUUCCUAUGCCCUAAAAAUAACACAGAGAUGCAUUUUAAAUAAAAGGACACAUUCUACUCCUGUAAAAACACGCUGAUUCCCGGACUGUCCGCAGGCCAGAUUGAGAAGGCAUGGGCCGCAUCCGGCCCAUGGGCCUUAGGUUGCCUACCCCUGCUCUUGGGGUAACAGAAAUAGAAUUAGGUGAUAGUUUACUUGAAAUCUGGAUGCUUCUGGGGAUGCUCGUAUCUAACACACAAUAGUAACAGAACAGUGGGUAUUCCAGUGGUGAUAUCCGAAGGUACUGGUUUUGGAUACUUCCUGCUGACAGCAGUCAAUAUAAGGUGCUGUAAUAUCUGUUGUAUUAUAUAUAGUGCUUUUCGUUAAUACCAUAGAUAACAUUUUUGUGCUGGGGAUAAAUAUAGUUAGGAUAUGGUUGGCAAUUAGAUGUUAGAUAAAUUAACACAAAUGGUGUAGCACUUGUGGUAUUUCAAGGUGAGGAAGGCAAAACCUAUUUCCUAAUUGCAACCUCUUCUUAUAUUUGCUGUAUUGUGUUUGUGGGGUACUGGUAUGUUUUGUUCUUGUUUUUAUUAUGUACUUUGUGGUUUUUUCUGUGAACUAUCCUGAGAUCUUCAGAUGAAGGGUGGUAUACACAUUUAAUAAACAAAAUACAAAUAAAUAUUUAAAACAUUUUCUGUUUCUUUCCUUAUGCAAUUAAAAAAACAAUAGUUUUUAUCAUUUUUAAUAUUUGGAAGCUGAUAGCAGCCUAUUUACACUUGCCUUCCAUCUUAUUUUCCCUAGAAUGAAGAUCCGUCAUUCUGUUUGUUAGGAUUUGUUCUUUUAGCUCUAUUUAACGCUAGCUCUCUGUUUCAUCUGAAUCAGGAAAGGUGGCUGAGGUGUUAGACCAGUGCUUGGAGGCAGUAAUGGGUUGGACAUGGGCUAUUAAACUGAGGCUGAAUCCUGAAAACAGUAAGGUGUUAUGUGCCCCAGGUUCUUUUGUCUAAGAGGUGGGGAAGUGGCUUCCCCUGGAACGAACAGAUUAACAGUUCUGGAGUGCUCCUGGAUUCAACAUUGGAGACUCAGGGAAUAUUGGAGACUAGGAAUGCCUGUUUUCAGCUCCAGCUGGUUUGCCAGCUACGAUCCUUUUUGGACAGAGAUGACUUGGCCACUGUACUUCAUGCUUUAGUAACUUCCUGAUUGGAUUCUUGCAAUGAGCUCUGCAUGUGACUGCUCUUGAAGCUGACCACAAAGCUUCAGUUGGCCCAAAAUGCAACAGCUAGAUUACUGGUUGGGGUCCAUUUAGGUCUCGUAUAACCCCUGAUUUAACCCAACUGCACUUGUUGCCAGUUCAUUUCUGGGCCUAAUUCAAGGCACUCACAUUAGUGUUUAAAGCACUAAAUGACUCAGACCCCAAAUACCUGAAAGAUUGCCUCCUUCCUUACAGACCCUUUUGGGUGCUGAGAUCAGCAGGGUGAUGGUGGCGGCCUGGAAGCUGUGGAACUCUCUCCAUAGCGGUGUGUCUGUCACCAUUAUACAGCUUCUGGAGAAUGAAUGCUAAAGAGCCACCUCUAUCCUGGCUUCUGACAUGAGUUGUAUAUUUAAAGCACAUCCAAUGCGCAUUUAAAGCACACGACUCUCCGCGGGAUGCUGGGAGCUGUAGUUUCUUAAGGGUGAUAGAAAUUCUAGCUAGUUUUGUAGGGCAAAACUACAAUUCCCAAAAUUCUUUGGAGGAAGUCAUGUGUGUUGCAUGGACUUUAAAAUAUAGUGUGGAUCUUCUCUUAGUAUACUAAUUUUGACUGUUCAAAAUACUAUAUAUGUCUUGCUUUAUGUAAUCCUUUAAAACUGUAAGGGGGGGGAGGGCACUCAGGGUGAAUGGGAAUAUUAUGGCACAGGGCAGGUGACAUUUUAACCAGGGACUUCUGAACAUAGCUUAGCUCUGAUUAUGCCAGUAUUCCUAGAUUAGUAUUUUUAUAGAAAGAUAGAUAAAAAACCUAUAUCUAACCCCUUACCCUAAUGUUACAGAAUAUGUACUCUGUGCAAAAAAUUCAGUAGAUAACCACAACAGUAAAUGAAUAAAAAACCUUUAAGCAUAAAUAGUAAAAAUACCCCCCAACCCCACAGUAUUUCUCGUAUUUGAAAACAAAAAUAAAAGCUCACUGCUGUUGUUCAAAGGUUUGGAAGAACAGAAAUGUUUUAAACUGUCACUGAAAACAAAAAAAACACAAACAAAAAAAAACCAAAAUAAUAAUAAUAAUAAUAAUAAUAAAACUGUCACUGAAAACAGCUCAGUGUAGGAGCCUGCCUGAAUUCAGGCAAGAGAGCAUUCCGGAACCAGGGUGCCACUGCAGAGAAAGCCCUGUUCUGGUUUCCAGUGAACCAAACUCCCACUGAUGAUACUGCAACAUAAAACUGUGUGCCUGGUGAUCUCAGAUCCAGAACAGAAUAUAAUUGGGCAGGGGAGGUGUUCUUUCAGGUAGUUGAGCCCUAAGCUGGUUUGAAAUCAUAAAAUUUAUACACAUUGAUUAAUUUAAAAAAACCACACCUCAAAAAGCUCAAAGCUGUUAAAAAGUGUUUAAGGCUUUAUAUUCAAAAUUCAUCAUCAGUUAGACUUUGUAACAAAUAGGUAGCCAGUGCAAUUGUUUCAAGAGAAGUGCUAAAUAAUCCAGGGACACUGUCAUUGUCAGUACCCAUGCACCAGAAGACGGAGUUUACAAACCAAGGCUGUUUUCCCCCCAGUGAUCCUUUGGUGAGUUGCUAUUUUCUUUGACCCCAAAAUAAUGUAAAAACGUUGUGCCCUCCUCCCAAAGCUAAGCAACUUAUGCAUCCCGAACCCCCUAAAAACGGGGCUUUCCCCCUCCCCCCAAAAAGCUCAACAACUGGGGUAGAUCACUGCCAGUUUUUAAUUCUGUGAGUAGAUCGCAGUCUCUUGGAAGUUGGCCACCCCUGUUGUAAACUAUCUUGUGUGUUCCUUAAAUGGAAUGGAACAAAUAAAUGACUUGUAGUUCUGCUGUGUAUGAGCACAUCAAAAAUGUCCUAAUGAAGUAAUCAUAAGUGUGCAAAAAGAUACAAAAUGGAGUAAGGCAUGGAUUCAGGCAGAAGGAGCUACCAAAGGCAGAAAAUUGGUGCUAAAAUGUGUGUUGUUGAAUUUCCUUCACAGUCAGCUUAACACACGUGUCUUCUCUGAUGUCCAUGAUGCCAGUCUAAUCUGGUUGUUGCUAUAGGUUGUUCCACACUGUAAAAAAAACAUAUACCUUAGAAGCUCUAAAAAUGAGCAGUUUUCUUCUACUUUGGCUAUGAGGCUAGAGUGGUGUGCACCAGUGGAAUUUACGUGGCUGGAUAUAAACUUCCAAGUCUCUUCUUCAAAAAGAAAGUAUUGCCACCAGAAGUGGGAAUUAUUUUUUCUGUAAAUCCUUGUUGGACAAUGCAAGCCCUGCCCAUACUACCAGUAUGCUGUUCAUGAUCAUAUAGCUGAAAACUCAAGGUUGCCAGAUACUCCUUUACUAAAUCUAUUCCAUGCGUGCCCCAAACUGAACUACUGCAACUGUCCUUUCAUAUUUAGUAUUAAAAGAGCAGGGAUUCCUUGCAAAUCUAUAUUUCCUUAAAAACCAUGUCAUUACCUUUGAAACAUUACUCCAUCUUGUAUUGCUUUUGGAUUUGUGAAGAUGGGACACCCAGGGCUGAACCAGGAAGUGGAAGGAGCUUCAAUCCUCACAUAUCCUUUUUCCUACAGUUGAGAAGCAAGCUUCCCCAGCUGUGAUCACAUUUCCUCAGCUCACAGACCAGAGGGCUUUUUUCUACAACAAGGAAGUUUGAAUAGAUCCUAAAUGUACUCUCCAGACAAUUCUUUUUCUGCAGCUGCUUCUUCCACUCAGAUCAAACAAUCCCUGACUCAGAUGCUUGCCCUCGAAAGAACGUAAGAGUCCUGUUGUAUCAGUCUAAACCAGCAUUAUGUUUCUACAAUGGACAAUCAGAAUCCUAUGGAAAGCCAACAAUUAGGGCACAAGUGCAAUAACAUUCUUCCACUCGUGUUCCCCAGCAACUGAUAUUAAUAUAAAUGCUACCUCCAAGACUGGAGGUAAUAGUCAUCACUAUAAGUAGCCAUUCGUAGCCUUAUCUUCUAUAAAUUUAUCUAAUUUAAUUUUAAAGCUAUCUAAGUUGGUGGCUAUCACUACACAUUCUGGUAGUGAAUUCCAUAAAUUAUGUAUCCGCCAUGCAAAGAAAUACUUCCUUUUUUCUGUUCUGAAUCUCAGCUUCACUGGAUGACUCUAGAUUCUGCAUCUCAUACUGUACUUUGCUCCUCAGUGACUCACUCUUCUCCUCAUUCCUAGUGGUAUAGGGAGGGAGGAGAAAGAGAUUUCCUUCAUGCCACCUUAGCAUUGCGUAGGAGAGAGGAGACUUCUUCCAUUUCCCUCAUCUUCCACUCAUCUGAAUAUAGCAGUUUUCUUAAUCUCGAAAGCUUGCCAUUACAAUGCAAGAUUUCACUGUCAGUAGAGCAACAGCAGGAGAAAAUGGAAGUCUAUCUUAAAAGUAUUAGUCUCACUAGCAGUACCUGGAGGAAAAUACUUUUGAUACCAUAACAGACACUUGGGGAAUGUUGUUAAUCUGUUUAGCUUUGAUUAAGAGUAUUUUCUAAAAAUGUGUGGAAGUCAGAGCAGUGAAAACUAACUCAGUAUUGCUGUUACACUUAAAUAUGUACUGGCAGUGUGGUUUUUAUCUUGAUUAAUUUGUUUAGUGGAGAACGCAGAUGAUUAACCCUCAGUUGAUAGAAAUACUGACUUUCAAUCUGGGUUUGAGAUUAAGUAUACAUCUAGGAAGUGAUGCAAAUAAACCUGGUGGAAGUUAUUAAGCAUGACACCAUUUUCAAGUAAAAAACGGUGCACAUAAGUCAUCAAGGUGAAGGAUACCCUAUAGUGUAAGAUACAAAACAUGACAGUGUGUUGGAACUAAGUAACCCCACAGUUUUAAGAACUUCAGUAUUGUACCAUUGUAUGCAUACCAUAAAGAAGGCUGAUUGCCGAAGAAUUGAUGCUUUUGAAUUAUGGUGUUGGAGGAGACUCUUGAGAGUCCCAUGGACUGCAAGCAGAUCAAACCUCUCCAUUCUUAAGGAAAUCAGCCCUGAGUGCUCACUGAAAGGACAGAUCGUGAAGCUGAGGCUCCAAUACUUUGGCCACCUCAUGAGAAGAGAAGACUCCCUGGAGAAGACCCUGAUGUUGGGAAAGAUGGAGAGCACAAGGAGAAGGGGACGACAGAGGGCGAGAUGGUUGGACAAUGUUCUUGAAGCUACGAACAUGAGUUUGACCAAACUGGGGGAGGCAGUGGAAGACAGGAGUGCCUGGCAUGCUCUGGUCCAUGGGGUCACGAAGAGUUGGACACGACUAAACGAAAAAUGAUAUAUCACUAUAGCAGUGCAAUAAUAAGUAAUUACAAAUUACAUGUAAUAACAAAAGCAUUUUAUAGAACUGACAGUCAUAGUACAUACUGCUUGAGCAAUAUAUGCACCAUCACGUUUUGCAAUGGCGCGUGUAGGACAGAAAAAAGUUACAUAAAACAGCGUGGCUCUGAUUUUCUGUCAUUGCAUUGACUCCGGAGAUGACACAUUUCUCUGUAGAUGCUAGCAGUGGAAAGCAGGCCUUCCGUUUCUGAGGCUGCCUGUCUUGAUGUUCCAGGUAAGCUGACCAUGUUUCUAGACACAUCCCAAAGUUGGUAUUGACCUUGGGAUAAGGCCUACUGAGAAGAAACAUCUUUUGGGAUGUUCACACCAUUGUGGUUUGUUCAGCUUUCCCAAAACGUGCAUUUAAACAUAUACUGUAAAGUAUUUGGAAAAACAAACCCACCUUUGGCUACAGUUGGAUCAUGGAAGUGUAUGAAAACCAUCUUAUGUCACCUUUAGUUUUAUUAUAAUAAAGAACAAUUUCAGGCUUGGCAUUCUGGUCUGAAAUUGCUCAAUAUGCAUUGAAGAAAGGAGAAUCAUGGUCCUUUAACAGACAUUAAAACUGCUGAUGCUGACAAUUCUCAGUAAGAAAGAACUGGGGGAGUGGGGGGGAGAGAGAGUUCUGAUUUUCAGUGUACCAGUCAGACCUAAGCUUUUCAUUGCUAAUUCCUUUGCUAAUGGCAUGCUGGUGAAAAAAGUCUCACUUUUAUUCCAUGCAGAACCCUGUAAAUGAGUUGUUAGUUUCUGGUGGAAUCAUAACCAGAAUUUUAUGCCAUGCUUGGGUUUGGAUGGUACAUAUUGCCUCACUGGAUGUCUUGCUCUGAAUAGGACCAAUUGUUCGUUAUUGAAACAUUCUCAUAUGGCAUGAAACAUGGGAAAGAUUUUGGUAAACAUAAGCUACAGGACACACACAGGUUCCACAUUCUCUCACACUGGUAAUUGGGGGCUGUCUGAGGGCUUUAUUGAUUCUUUUGAAGGAAUAUAUUUGAUCGUUACCCUUAAAUCUGGCCUCUUGUUCAGAGUGAGGUUGCUGAUGGUUUACAUAUAUUUUGUAGAUGAAAUUGAGGCCACAAAGAGCCCCCAAUCCAAAUUUGUAAAUUUUGUGCAAAAUCUUACCAAUGAUUAAAACAACUAAGUUUUGCUGGGUAACUGAAUGUUAUAACUGGAAAAGAAAGGUAUUUUAAAGUUAUAUAUAUACUGGGGUUUUAUAAGCUUAUAUAGUGAUUUUGACUCCUGUAGAUUAUUAUGGGAGUAAUUUUAAACUGAGACUGAAUCCUGAGAUGGAGAGGGUGUGUGUGUGUGUGUGUGUGUAGGCAGCUCAUGUGUCUGGGAAGUAGAUAGACAACCUGUUACAGAUUGGAUUGCAGUCGCCUUGAAGGAGUAGGUUCAUAGUUCGAGGUACUCCUGGUUCCAGCAUUGGCACUUGAUGCUGGGUGGCAUUGGUGGCACGUGGUGCCUUUUUCCAGCUGUAGCUGCUUUGUCAGGUCCUGCUGUUUAUGGACUGAGCUAGCCUGGCCACAGUAACUUACACACGCUGUUGAAGGCAGUAUGAAUGCCAGUUGCUGGGAAUCGCAAGUGAAGAGAUCACUGCUGCAUUCAGGUUCUGCUUUUUGGCUUUCCAUAGGCAUCUAGGUGGUCGCUGUGAGAACAGGAUGCUGGACUACAUGGGCAUUGGCCUGGUUCUGCAGGCUCUUGUGUUCUAAUUUUAACCUAUGCAUUAGUAAUCUUUUGUUUGUAUUAUGUUCUGUAUGUGCUGCUAUUUCUGAAGAAGCUGCAACUUUGGAAGCUGCAACUAAUGCAGAAUUCAGCCUUCAGAGUGCUGAGCAGUGUACCAUUGUAACUGUAUAACACUGGUUUUACAAUAAUUGUACUGGUUGCCUGUAGAGUGGGGCAGGAAAUAUUAGCAUGAUGAUGCCAUGCAGCUUCAUCUACAGGAUGUUACUGGGGAAAAGUGGGGAUGUAGCUCUCAACAAGCAGCCACGUGGCCCUUUUAAUGUUUAAUCUGAUCCUAAAAUGGUAAGGUUCUUAAUUUUUAUACAAGUAUGUGAUCUUAUCCUGGCUUUAUUCUUUCAGCAGUGGUUCGAUAUUCUAGAAAGCCAAGGAUAUGCCGUUUCUUUUUGUUUGAUUUUGAGCAUAGCAAGUGAGAGCUACAAAUGUUUUGUUUUGUCUUAAGCCCUUACCAAUAGUGUCCCUGCUCAGGGGCUGGCCAACCAUGUUCUCCGUCAGGAUACCAUAAAUGUAGGCUAAUUCACUCCUGCUGACCAGUUCUCUGGUUUCCCCGCCCCCAUACGGCACACAAUAUGAGAUUGCUGCUGGGCUGUUGUGUCGUUCCCCUUCCCCCGUUGCGCAAAAUGUACUUCUGUGAUCAUUGUGUUUUACCUCAGUUUGCUGAUAAUCUCCCUCUAGUUUCUCAGUGGUCCUGUUUUGGCUCCUGUUUUGUUGGUACUAAGCAACCUGAGUUUGCUGUUAGGAAUGUUGAUUUUUAAACUUGGUUUAGGAGUGAAGUACUUGCACUGACGGGACGCGGGUGGCACUGUGGGUUAAACCACAGAGCCUAGGACUUGCCGAUCAGAAGGUCGGCGGUUCGAAUCCCCAUGACGGGGUGAGCUCCCAUUGCCUGCUCCUGCCAUCCUAGCAGUUCAAAAGCACAUCAUAGUGCAAGUAGAUAAAUAGGUACUGCUCCAGCAGGAAGGUAAACAGCAUUUCCAUGCGCUGCUCUGGUUCGCCAGAAGCAGCUUAGUCAUGCUGGCCACAUGACCCGCAAGCUGUUUGCUGGCUCCCUCGGCCAAUAAAGCGAGAUGAGCGCCGCAACCCCAGAGUCGGUCACGACGGGACCUAAUGGUCAGGGGUCCCUUUACCUUUACUUGCACUGACAGCCAUUAUGUGAUGGUGGACUGGUUUUGGACACAAACAUAGGAAGCACAGUCAACACCUGUUUUGCUCGGGAGUUCAGUUCCAAGUCAUUGUGCACGUUGGCGGAGUACACAUAAACCUGCCCCAUUCUGGCCACCCUGCCCCAUUAUGCCCACUUUUUCUUCUACUACUGGGUUUGAAGUGAUGCACACAAAAUGAGAGUUGCCUGUACUAAUCGCUUACUUAGCUGAAGGCGGAUGUCUUUUAAUGACAUGGCUUUUUUACUUUGGCAUUUGUAUAUUAAUAUAAAACCAUUGAAUACUGUUCUUCUAGCCUCUAAAUACCAACAUGAUAUUACAAAGGGGGGGGGAGCUGCAAACUUUAACAAGUAAAUGUAUAAAUGAAACCUUUGGUUGAGUUAAUCCUUAGGCAGUUUUAGAGACAAACUUAAGGACACAAUUUAUUGAGGCUAUUUUGAUUCAACUGUGAAUGAAUAAAAAGCUAUUAAAGUAAAUUUUUGUCUAACAAUGUGUGGUAGCUUUUUAAUUAUUUACAGUGUAUGAGGACCUCGUAUCAAUAUUUAUUAUGGAUUUAGACUGGCAAGUUAUAACUGGGGAUUUGUCUAAAUCUUAGUCCUGCUUCUAACUGUUCUGCUGAAAUUUGGUGCCUCUCUUUCUGUUGAAUCUCUUAUUUGCUUUCUGAGAUUGUUUUCUUGUUAGCUGGCCUCUUUCCCCCAAGAGGAUAUACAGCAGCAUGUCUGGAAACUAGCAUCAUUACUGUCUUCAUUUUUUUCUAAAUGCCUGCUUCCAUUAUAUAUUGCGGCAUUAUAUAUUACGAAAGUUACAAAACAUCCCUACAUAGUGGAAGGAAGGGAGGUUUUUUAUAACCUCGUGGCAUAUACAAGCUCUGCAACCCUAGUCUUCCCCACUCCCAGAAGACAAAGCUCUUAGGAACUUGAGCCGGCCAAUUGACGCUCCUUUCUCUCUUCCUCACCUGCCAUCUUGGCAUUCUGGACGUCUUGGAAGCUCAGAAACCAUUGGCAGCCUGUUUUCUGGGUUUUGAAUUCUUUUUAUUGUUAGUUUAGUUUACAAACUUAAAUACUUCUGUGUUCCUAGGGAGUCCCCAGAAUAUGUAGAAACCUAUAUCUUGUUUUUGGUUGGUCCCAUUUCACCUCCAAACUGAUAGACACUUGAUUAUUUGAGGGAACCUUUGGGACAAAACAUUGCAGUGCCGAGUGCUUUUGUUCAGACUUCCAGCUACUCCCCCUCAGCAUUCUGUGGCAACUGAGCAUGUUCAGUCCUCAAUGAGCUGUGUUUCCUUUUUUUGGGUGGGGUGAGGGUGGAGAUUGCCUCCUUAAUUUCCCCCCCUAAAUAUAUUUUGGGACUCCUGCACCCUCUCAUGUGAGUUCCUGUUGUUUUAUUAAUUCAUUAUUUAUAAGAUUUCUAUCCUGCCUUUCAAUUGAAUGAUCCUCAAAGAAGAUUCUAGUAUAUUAAAAUAAAACAUUCACACAAAAACAUAAAAACCCUUCACAACCCAUCAGCCCUUUGUCCCCUGUCUGCUGGUAAAUGCCAGAAGGUGCUCCUUUUCAGCUCUGCAGUCCCAGGUGAACAGGGAGUUGGAGCAGUGUGUCCUUUUUGGCAGGGUAGGGGAAACAUGCUCCCUGUCAUUGCUUCUUUGAAGGCAGAUGGAUGAGGAACACAAUGGACAACGGGUGUACACCUGCAGUCCCCUGAGUGGUGGCAUUAGAGUGCAUUUUGACUACAAAAGUCUGGAGAAUUGCCUGAGAUACAGGUUUCAGCUUCAUAUGAAGAGCACAGAAUAGUCUGAUUAGCCAUUUUUAUAACAUUUUAUGGGUGCAGUUUGGAACAUAUGCCACUUUCUAAGUGUGACAUAAUUUCAGAAAUAGCUUUACAACUUGCACUGUUAUUUGAACUACGGUAAUUAGUUUUUAGUUCUGGAGCUAUUUAGCAUUUAACUGGGAUGGAAAGAGUUCAUCAAAAGGUGUGUCGUAACAAAGUUGCAUUUCAGUUACUUGUGUUUUACGAUUUUUGGUUUCUCUUCUUCUCUCCACCCCACCAUGUUAGCUCUUCUCAUUGAUGGAGAUGAAACCUCCUAUUUCUCGUGCAAAGAUGAUUCUUAUUACUAAAGCUGCCAUCAAAGCUAUUAAGGUGAGAUGGUAAAGAGUAUUUAUUUUAUUUUGUACAAAAUUUUAAAAGGUUUGAACAUUUGUAGCAUGUUUUGUGUUUUUUCAAAGAUCACAUGGACUGAGAGUCAUUCUCACUUAUUAAUAUUUUACAGAUACUGAAUAAUUUUAAUUAUAAUGCUUUUAAUGUAUAAUUUUAUCACAGUCAAAGUAAUUUUUAAAAAUAACUCCAUUUCAAACACUCCUUUGAGAUGAUUUGGAGAUAGUUAUAAAUGCAAGUUGGGACUAGUUUAAUAAAAUGACCUAUGAUAUAUUUCCUUUUGCUUAGUUUGAUAUGAGUUUAUAUGCUAAUGUUUAAGGUAAACAAAUUCACAUUUCUUAAACAUAUUAUGAAAUUAAACAUUUCAAAUGUUCUUUGAUUCUCUUUCAGCUUUACAAACACGUAGUCCAGAUUGUAGAGAAGUUUAUAAAAAAGGUAAAUGAAAUAUUUAUUAAGUUGUAUUUACUGAUGAUUCAGCAAUUUACAUUCUCCCCCCAAAAAUGGGUUGUUUUUUUUAGCGCACAUACAAUCAAAAUACGUGCAUCUAGCAGUUCUAUGGGAAAUCACUCAGCAACUGCAUAUAUUAAUUAUGGCAAUGGUAAUAGCUCCAUAACUGUGCAGAAAUAUAGCAUAUUACAUGGGGAUUUGUUCUGGGGGAUUGUAUGUAAAGCCAAAAUUGUGUAGUUGGAAAAAUCACGAAACCACUCCCGUGUGAUCAUUCGUACUUUUUGGAAGCAUGGGCCUUGCCCCCCUCCCCCCCAACAAGGCAAGAUCUUGCAGGAGCUUCCCAGAGCCUGGUAAGCAAGACUCUCUGCCUUGUGUGCUUUAACUUGUGUGAUAACAGCUGGCUGGCCGCCAAGCGUGUAAAGUUUUGAUCAUGCAAGUUGAAUGUGCACAGGUUGCAACUUCGCUGUUUGGCUUUGUUUGUUUGUUUGUGAGAAUUAGCUAAUUCUAACCACCACUAAACUAAUACACAACACACCUGCAAGAAGAAGUAAGCACACAAGGCGUAAGAGGAGAUGAGGAAGUUUAGCCUGCCUAGAUUGGGAGCUGGAAAGCGAAUUGCAAAGCUGGUGUAUGGAUCUCCCCUUCUUGCAUUUCUAGAUGCCAGAAAACGUUGAUGUUACUGAGUUUUUGGGACAUAGGGCCUACAUUCUUGACCUUAGCUGUGUCAAUUCUUCCUGUGAUCUAGGUAACAUGCAACUAAUACAAAGGCAGGGCAUGUUGGGGCAGGCUUAGUCUGCUUGUUCUAUUGUACAUUGAUUAUUUAUUUUUGAACUGCCAAGUCAUUUAAAAACAUUUGGUGAUGUACAUUAAAACAUCGUAGUUAUGACAUCAUUAUGAAAAAUAACCAUCACUGAGUCAAAUUAAUGUAUAUUCAUAGGCAUAUUUUUAAAGUGCAUAUCUUGCCUGAUAUGUGACUGGAUUUCUGAGAUCAGUGUUUAAAAAGUGAAUAGCACUUACGUUCAAAUUCCAGGAAUUAUAGUGGAAUGUCUAUAGUGUUGUAUGGCACCUGCUAGUUUGUUUUUCUUUCCCCCGCUUUCUGGACUUUUAACUUCAUGCUAAUAUGAUAGGCCUGUUUUAUGAUCAUACAGAGCUUACUGUUAGGAUUUAUAAAAUGUAUAUUACUUAUAUGACUUUCUGUCUGUCUCUCUUUAGUGUAAACCAGAAUACAAAGUUCCUGGAUUGUAUGUUAUUGACUCUAUUGUUCGUCAGUCUCGUCAUCAAUUUGGAACAGAUAAGGAUGUUUUUGGGCCAAGAUUCUGUAAAAAUAUAACAGCCACAUUCCAGUAUUUAUAUCUCUGUCCAACAGAAGACAAGGUAUAACUCAAUUUCUUGUAGCAUUUCGACUUGUUGUGUGUGUGUGUGUGUGUGUGUGUGUGAGAGAGAGAGAGAGAGAGAGAGAAAUGAAUAUCUUCUGAUCCUACUAUAUUUGGUCUACCAUGUACAAACACACAUUGUUGAUUGUUGGAUACUAUUUCUGAAUGAGGCCUUGAUGUUAAAUGUUUCUUUUCUAGUUGGCUUUUAAAUUUUUGAGGCCCUUCUUCCUCACCACUUCAUGACUAAAAGCUCUUAUGGAGGAACUUUUCUCUUCUGUGUAGAAAGCCAUGUGAGCUGGAUUUUAUUCUAUUUGAUAGUAAAGCUGCAACACAAACUAGAUGUGGCUGGUGACUUAGAACAGGCUUGGGUUCCUGCUGCUUGUAUGUAUUAUGCUGACAAAACUGAUUCCCAUGUCUAGAAUAGAAUAAAGUAGCCAUCAUUUACUAAGUUCGGAGGUCCAUAAAGUGUGUCAUGAAAAAUAUUGUAUGGGAUUUGAUCUCUCCAUUCCUUCUCACUGUUGCUCAUGUCCACAGUCAUUUCCUGGAGAAGUCACAGAAUGUUACAAAGCAUAGGAAACAAAGUAUAAAAGUUUUGUACAGUACUAAUCUCUUUUUGUGUGUGUGCAUGCAAGGACUAGGGCCUUGUUCAGAUGGCAUUUUUGUGCUCUCAUCUUUGUGCAUUGUGAGAUUGAUUGGUUUCAUGCACCUUGUUUUGUCUCCCCUCUGAACAGAAGAUAUCUGAACUCAGAUGUCUCACAUUUGUUUAGGUGAUAGGAAACAAAGUGCAUGUGUCCAUUACCUGAGCUCAUGAUGUAUAAAACUGAAGCGGGGGGACAGUAUUGUCUGAACACUGCCUAAGCUUUAAUUAAGCAAAUGAAGAUUUUUUAAAAGUGUACUUACACAUCUCUUCUUUGAACAGAGUAAGAUAGUUCGUGUCCUCAACUUAUGGCAGAAAAAUGGAGUGUUUAAAAUAGAAAUAAUUCAACCUCUCCUCGACAUGGCAGCAGGAGCUAGCAGUACUGCUUCAAUGACUGAAGAUACUACUAAUAAUGAAGGUAGGAAAUCUUAGUUAAAGCAUUAUUUUCUGUUAUGGGCCUAUGUUGUCAAACUCAGACUUUAUUUGCUUUAAUCUGCAUAGAAUGGGCUGAAUUAAUUGCAAGCAAAAGUUGGAGAUAGAUUUUUGUUGUUGUAACUCUUGGUGUUAAAAAUAUGAGAAAGUUCAUGUUUUGGCUAAGUGAUUGUAUUAUAGAAUAAGAGCCCUGUGAAUAGCCUUUUGGUUGACUGUCUUAUUCAUGUGUAUGUUUAGGAUUGUACUGUGAAAACAUUUUUUUUUUGUUCUUCCCAUAUUUUGAAUAGAAUUAUUUCUACCCAUUGCUGUGUUCUUGAUGGGUCUGGCUGAAAAUAUUAAGAUGGCCUAAUAAAUAAAAUACACAGUGAUUUGGAUACUAUACAGCAUAUUCUGUUACCAGAAAUGGCAUCCGUGUAUAAGUGAUUGCUUAGAUUGCUCAGUAGUUAAGCAAUAUCACUUGCUCCUGCAGUAUCACAAUAUCACAUUUAGGAUCACAGGGAAAUUUUCACUCAUAGCACAACACUACAGAAUAUCACAGGGAAAUUACUGGUCCUCAAAUAGUAUUUUCUACCACUGUGAAAUGUCCUUCCCUCUGCCAUAUGUGAACCAUAAUCUGUUAUGUGUUUCUGGCAUCUUGUGUUGACAUACCUUUUUGCCCAGGCUUUCCCUGGUCCAUAAGAUUGAAUCCUGUUAUUUCUGAAAUUCUUUUUUAUCUUUUCCUGUUGUUUGUGUUUGUUACUGCUUUGCUACUGUUUUAGUUUCGUGAUAUUUUUGUAUACCACUUAGAGAUGUUUAAAUAGUAAGCACUUUAAAAAUGCUAAUGGACAAAACACCUCUAGGGAUGUAUAUAACUCUAGUAUUUUAUAUGUUGUGGUAUACAAAUUGCUGCAAAUACAUUAAUAAUACUGGGGUGGGUGUGUAAUAGUAUAUUAACCUUAAACAGUUUAGCAGUUCUCCAUAUAUCCAUUCAAUCAUCAAUAUUCUUUAUAAAGGUUUCCCCCCCCCAAAAUUUGCAGUCUGUAGGCUCGUUAAGCUACAAAAGGCUUUCCUGAACUGUAUCAUCAAUCAUCAUCAUGGUUUUCUAUACAGAAGUAUGACAAAGAAGUAUGAUUACUGAAAUACAGAGAAAGAGAGAAAGAUAGGAGUUUAUAUGGGACUGUCAAUGAAACUAGACCUAAUCAUGUAGUCCUAAUCGUUGCCCCCAUUCACCUGUGGCUGCUGUUUACUGUACAGAACACAAUUAUGUAACUACCACUUGCAUGAUUAUUGUCAAAUUUAGUUUGGCCCUAAGAAUAUUUUGCAUAUACUUACAGCCAUAUAUUCACCUGGCCCUAAAACAACAACAACUUAUUAUUUAUACCCUUCCCAUCUGGUUGGGUUUCCCCAGCCACUCUGGCGGCUUCCAAAAAAUAUUCAAAAUACAAUAAAAUACAUACUUUGUGUUGUGGCAUGCAGGGCAUGAGGGUAUUUGGCAAUGAAGCAUUGCCACAUGAUGUCUAAUUUUGAGAAUCCUGCCCGUGGAAUUUAAAAAAAACUUACUGACCAUAUUUGCGAAUGGUCUACAGACUGACCACCCAAGUUUUGAUUUUUAAAAACUUGCAUUAUAGUGUAAAAGUGCAAUGCUAUCAGUGGGAAUUGUUGAAAUCUUAAUGUUGCAUUUAAAUUUAUUUUAUAGGUUCACCACCUCCUGCCACAGUGAUUCCAUCUGAGCCUCUUCAAGUUGCUUCCAAUUCAGUACCUGCUGUGCCGCAAUUACCCAGUUCUGAUGCCUUUGCAGCUGUAGCCCAGUUAUUUCAGACAACACAAGGACAACAGGCAAGCAGAGACUUUUUGUUCCAAAAUACAGAAUUCAAAUUAAGAUAAUAAGAUGGUUAUCUAAUGCAGAAUAUAUAACUAUUCUAUUUUAAAACCAUUAGUGGAAAUUUGUUAGUGAAUUAUAAUAAUAAUAAUAAUAAUAAUAAUAAUUUAUUAUUUAUAACCUGCCCAUCUGGCUGGGAUUCCUCAGCCAAUCUGGGCGGCUUCCAACAAAAUAUUAAAAUACAGUGGUCUGUUAAACUUUAAAAGGUUCCCUAAACAGGGCUGCCUUCAGAUGUCUUCUAAAAGUCUGGUAGUUGUUCUUCUCUUUGACAACUGGUGGGAGGGCGUUCCACAGGGCGGGUGCCACUACCGAGAAGGCCCUCUGCCUGGUUCCCUGUAACUUGGCUUCUCGCACUGAGGGAACCGCCAGAAGGCCCUCGGCGCUGGACCUCAGUGUCUGGGCAGAACGAUGGGGUGGAGAUGCUACUUCAGGUAUACUGAACCGAGGCCGUUUUGGGCUUUAAAGGUCAGCACCAACACUUUGAAUUGUGCUCGGAAACGUACUGGGAGCCAAUGUAGGUCUUUCAAGACCGGUGUUAAUGUGGUCUCGGCAGCUGUUCACAGUCACCAGUCUAGCUGCCGCAUUCUGGCUUAGUUGUAGUUUCCAGGUCACCUUCAAAGGUAGCCCUACAUAGAGCACAUUGCAGUAAUCCAAGCGAGAGAUAAUUAGAGCAUGCACCACUCUGGCGAGACAGUCCACGGGCAGGUAGGGUCUCAGCCUGAGUACCAAAUGGAGCUGGUAAACAGCUGCCCUGGACACAGAAUUGACCUGCACCUCCAUGGACAGUUGCGAGUCCAAAAUGACUCCCAGGCUGCGCAUCUGGUCCUUCAGGGGCACAGUUACCCCAUUCAGGACCAGGGAGUCCUCCACACCGCCUGCCUCCUUUCCCCCCAAAACAGUACUUAUGUCUUGUCAGGAUUCAACCUCAAUCUGUUAGCCGCCAUCCAUCCUCCAACUGCCUCCAGACACUCACACAGGACCUUCCCCGCCUUCACUGGUUCUGAUUUGAAAGAGAGGUAGAGCUGGGUAUCAUCCGCAUAUUGAUGAACACUGAACCCAAACCCCCUUAUGAUCUUGCCCAGCAGCUGCAUGUAGAUGUUGAAAAUAUGUUGAAUUGCAUUAGUGAAUAGUGAAAUCAAUAUUUCUGCUGUUUACUGAUCACAUCUGGUCUGAAAAUAAAUCAUGCAUAUGUAUAACAUGUCUGACCUUUGUCUGCUUGAGUAAGAAAUGUCCUUUCUAUUCUCUUGCCAGCUGUCCUCUCAUCUGCAUAGUACUAGCACUUCUCUUGAGGACUAGUAGACUUUUAAGUGCAGAAGGGAGAGUGUGAAUAUGCAGAUGUGAUCAUCAGUGCUUUACUAGGUUUCCAUGGAAAGCUCUCUUUUGUGGCUGUCUAUUGUGGCUACCUCUGUGCUCCCUUAUAGCUUUAAGAACACAGAGCAGAGGAGGAGCCACAAGAGUAGCUGCCCUGUACCAUAAUACCCACCAGGCAUAGCAGUAACUCCUGCCUGAUUGGAGGGUGGGGAGAGCAGAUAUCCACCUGUUGGAAGGCAUCAAUUAUUGUACAUUUAUUACGCCUCUGAUGUUUUCACGAUCAUUCCUAAGAAGAUAUUAAUAGUUGCAUUUUCAUUAUUUUAGCUCCAACAGAUUCUUCAGACUUUUCAGCAGCCUCCGAAACCUCAGUCUCCUGUGAUAGAUAACAAUGUAAUGGCUCAGGUCCAUGCUAUUACUGCCCAGCUGCAGACUACAGCAACGCAACCAUCCGAACAAAAACACGAUUUCUCAGCACCUGAGCAAAAGACAUCUUUUGAUAAGGUAAUAUUUUUCUUGUACUGAAAAGGAAUUUACUCAAUGAUUUGUUUUUUGUGUGGAAUGCCAUGCCAAAUUAUUGUUUCAUGCUAUGAGAACAAGUAUUCAGGGAGUCUUGAUUUCACCUCCACUGCACGUGACAUUUCCGUCCCCCGUUUCUGGUGAACCACGCUUUGGUAUGCAAAACUUAAAAUGAUCUUACAUUGUCAGUGGUACUAAUAUUGUUUACUUGUCUUUCAUUACUUACUGAAGAAAAUAGAGUUGGCUCAAUGUAAUAUGUUUCAGAAGCUGUUGGAUCGAUUUGACUAUGAUGAUGAACCAGAAGCAGUAGAAGACACCAAGAAAGAGGACCCAACACCUCCUGCAAUCUCUCAACCAACAUUGUAAGAUUUAUGAGUCAGACCAGUAGAUGUUAAAAAUUUAAUGUGAUGUUAUAGAAGCCUAAUGUUGCAUAUAUAGGUUCUCUUCAUUAGACUUCAUUGUUUUGAACUCUUUUAUUAUGCAAUAUUUGAUAUGCAUCAGUUCGCUAAGCAAAACAAAAAGCCCCUAUCCUGCAGUUACAGUUGAAUAUUACCACCUCAGCUUAAAAAAUACUUAAAUAGUGACAUCAUUAUAACAGCUAGAAUACUGUUUCCAUCCCUAAUGAGCCUACAGUCUAGAGUCUUGACAAAGAAAAGCAACAGAAGGAGGGGGAGCAAAGAGGGGAAGUUUGUAUUCAUGGAAAAAAUUCAUGGGGAGGGGAGCACUGAUGGCAGCCUAGGUUACUGUACUAAAUUUUAUGUCCUUAAAACGCUGCUUUAAAAUCUCAUAUUUAUUGCUCAGUGGUUUUCCGGGCGAAGGUAUGCAGCAACAAGUUUAUGCCCAGCUCCCAAAUAUAGACCAGUAUCAGCAACGAGUGCUUGGAAUGCAACAGGAACCUAUGCUUCACCAGGUAUUGGAAACAUUUCCCUUAUGCACAGUACUUAAUAAUUAGACAUGCAGUACUUUGAAAGCUUGUUCUUGAUUUUAAAUUAAUGGAAAAUACCUAUAUAUUCUUUUUUCUACAAGGUCCCACUUCCUCCAAAUGGACAAAUGCCAAGUUAUGGACUUCUACCUGCAUCACAGUUUCCUCCCAUGGCUCAGCCUGGGAUGCAACCCUCACCCCAGGUGCAACAACCUUUCCAGCCUUCUUUUCCAGCACAAAAUGAACCACAUACACAGAAACAUACACAUCAGCAGGUAAAUAACUUGCUAUCUUUCCCCCCAGCCCUAAUGCCAUAUGUUGCACCCAGGAAGAAAUCUCAGCACUGUUCACAAGAGUUCCAUAGUGUAUGCUUCGGUCGCUGUUUCUUACCCUAUUUUAAUUUAUCUGGAUGUGUUUGUCACAUUAGAUUUCCAGUACAGGUUAGACUCCUUUAGAGUACUGAGUUUUAGUAUGUUUAGUCACCCAAAGUGGUGGCGGCAGUACAUUAUGAUGGUAUGAUAGAUUAAUUGCUUAAUCUUUUCAAAAAUUUCUAAUCUGCACUAGAAUCUGUAUACUUUAAUAUGUGCUUUGUGAAGGAAUCUACAGUUAUUGUAUCUCCAAUUUUAGUCCUUGAUCAAAAAGGCAAUAUAGGCAAUAUUCAGACGAUCGUACUUUGGCUUAAUAAGGUGAUACAUGAACAAACAUUUGGCAGUGCACACACUCUUUAUGCCUUUCCUUCAUAUGAACAAGCUAACAAACUAGAAAGUAUUCUGUUGACUAUAAUCUCCUGUUUUGUUCAACCCAGGGAACAAUGGUUUAAUGGUUUUGCAAAAAAACUUGCACACCUUUAACUUGCACAAUCACAGCUUUACGUAUUUGCUGACCAGUUCGCUGCAAGCACACAAAUGAAACGCACAUAACCCAGAGAACUUUAAAAAAGUUAUUUUGGUACCAGGUUUUCCCACUCUGGAAAGAGCUUUUAAGCUCUCCACCUUGCUUUUAAGCUCCCAUGAGACCCUCCCAGAGCCCCAUAAGCAAGACGGAGAGCUUCUAUAUGUGUGGAGCAAUGUCUGCUCAGCGUGCCAGCAUCGGACAGGUAGGGGUGCUUGCACAAUCCCCUGAAUAUAACCCCCGCACAAGUUGCGAGGCUACUGUAAAUAGAUUACAUCUAUGCCAGGAUUUCACUUUCCAGUAACUGUAACAGAGCAGAAAUCUCUUAAUUGAACUGAGGUAUCCAUUACACUACACUGAGAAGUUUUCACUUUGUAUAAUUCUUUAUUGGACAGAAUCGGCAGGUAGUAAAUUCUCACUUAAAGAAGUUAAACUUGCUCAUUAGAAAUACAAAUACCUUAAGUUACUUUAGAUAAUAUAAUAAACCUGUUUUCAGCUCAAAUUAUAUAUGUAUUAGCAAGGGUGUUGGAUAUUCCUGUCAAGCUUACAUGCUUUAUUUUACAACUAAUACUUUAGAUAGAAUGUGAUUGGUUUAGCAUUUUGCUGAAGCAAAAUGAUUGAUUGAUUUCCACCACUUACUAGUUUUCAUUUGCUACAAAAGUUUAUAUCCAACUAAAUUUAUACUCUGAGUAGACCCAGUCAAAUCAGUGAAAUUAAGUUAAUCAUGACACCUGUUGCCCAUCAAUUCCAGUAGGUUUGCUCCAAAUAUUAUUCAGUAAGAUACAUCCUUAACUAUGUUAAUUAAACCAUUUAAACAGCAUUUUCUUAAGGAAUCAAGUUUUUACAAUCUGUGCAUUUAUGUACAUAUAAGUGAAUAUGAAUUGUAAUUUGAAGCAAAUGAAAAUCUUUACAUUUCAAAUGCUGUCUAGUUAUAAAUUUGAAACUGAUCAAAAAGUGAAACUGAAGAACAGCUGUGGUAAUAAAUCUCUGCCUCCCCCCCCCCCCCCAGGAAAUGGAAGUGGAUCAGCCUCCUGUUCACGAAGGAAAGAGGCAUGAGAGCAGAAAGUCAAGAUCUAGAUCUGCAUCAAGGUAAGAAGUAGCAAUUACAUGUACAUUUAUAAUCCAUUAAUAGGUACUAGAGUGUAUCCAGAUACAGGAAUAAUGUAAAAAUCUCAAAGCUGAAAGCUUUUAAUCUUUUAUCCUACAUUCUUGUUAUUUAUGGUUUUAUACUUUGCCAUUCAGUAAGUGCUACAUUCAAGAAUAGAUCAUUUGCAUUUUGUGAUUUCAUACAAGGCAUACGUAGGGACAAAUGGGGUGUGGUUUUUCUAAGGCAGGUUCGGCUUCUUAGAGGUGUUUUGUUUGCAUUUUGGGGCAGUGAUAGCCAGAAAUAAAGAUCUUAAAAGGGUAAGUUUUCACAUUGCUCUCAAAGGACAAGCCUUACUAUACAAUAACAAUUAUCAGAUUUGGGAUGGGCAUAAUUCAGUAGUAGCCAGCAAGUAACUAUGAAUGUAAAACUUACUCUGUAUUUUUAAUAUCUUCCUUAAAUACUAGAUCACCCAAAAGGAGAAGAUCACGGUCUGGUUCUCGGACUAGAAGAUCACGUCAUCGUCGUUCCCGUUCCCGGGACAGGCGUCGCCAUUCCCCUCGAUCCCGAUCCCAAGAAAGGCGUGAAAGGGAGAGAGAGAAAGAGCGCAGAGCAAAAGGCCUUCCUCCAAUCAAAACAGAAACUGUUAGUGGUGAGUAUUAUUUCUGUCUUUCUUAGCAAGAUGGAACAGUAUUAAUACAUGCUGUCAAAUGUGGUUUUGUCCUUGCUUUCUUUUUCUGGUAAGAUAGCACUUCGGAACAGUAGGCAAAGCCAGAAUGGCAAACUGAUACUCUUCAUCACUGUGUUAAAUUCAAUUUUUCAGUGCCAUUUUAUUACUGAGCUGCAGUCCUCUGAAAGUUUGAGAACCACCAGUGUAGUAAAACUAAGUAUAUAUUUUUAAAAGAUGGGCCAGAUAUGCACAAAUGUUCUUGUUAAUUUCACCAUGACUAGUUGUGUCCUGUUUUUGGCGAUGAUGACAAGCUCUAGCUUCUCAUCCUGAGUUUGGAAAUGAGAGAUGUCUCCUUCUGGAAGAGCUUUCCAUUUGCUCAAGGGACUCUAGAUCCUACCCCUUCAGAUUGAUGUAUACUUUUCAAAUUAUUGCUAGCUCCUGAUUCAAGUUGCCAGUCACCUUUGACUUGUCACAUUUUUAGUUUGCAGUACAACACUAUGGGUAGGCCAGUUGGAUAAACGAACAUCACAGCAGGAUGUUGGAGGUCUCCUAGAAGAGUUUGGACCAAUUGAAUCUAUAAAUGUGAGUAUGAAAUAAAAUACAAGUUACGAGAAAAUAAAAUUAUCCAGCUGAAACCAUUUUGAGUGAUUCAUGUAGUAUUUUUUUGCAACACGUGCUAGCAAAUUUGUAUACUUGUUUAAAAACAAAUUGAAAACUUGUAUCCAAAAAUUUUGAGAGCUAUGAUUUUUUAAAAAGCCAACAUUUUAAAUGUUCUAUGUGAGAAAUAUCUGUAAACAGUACUGAAUAUUAGUAAUAGAUACAGCAAACAAAUAAAGUCCAUAAUCAACAUUGUGUAUUUCCUCGGAAACCUCUAAGAACUUAGAAAUAUUGAGUCUCAGUCUCAGUCAGUUUUAUUGCACAUAGCCAAAGGCUGCCGCAAUGUACACAGAAUUAUUUGACAAUUAAAAGAAAAUAUACUGAAUUGGUAAGAACUUAGAAAUAUUAAAAACACGCAAGUCCCAGUUCUUCUAUUGCUGUACAGACAUUGUAUCUUGGUUUAUGUCAGGAGUAGAGAACUGGAUCAGGCCAGUGGGCAGGAUCCUUAGCUUCCCUACCCCCAUGGGCCAUUUAUCAAAGUUGAAGUCUAUAUAAUCGCUGAUUAGUGGUUACAGCAACCUACUUCAAAGGUGUGCCAGUUGAUGCUCCUAGCAUGCCUUCGAAGGAGUUUGCUAUAAUUGCCAAUCAGCUCCCUUGAAGUAUAUUUGGAGGAAGUGGUUUGGGUUCAAACUGUAAAUGGAGAAUUUUUCCUUUUCAGAUGUCUGGUAUUGGCUGCACUGCUGAGUUCCCUGUUGGAAACUGUCUAGUGCAGCUGACAGUAGAGUAUGGGGGCGGGGUUGCUUUCUGCAUUUUCAGAAAGCACUUUGGAUUCACAGACUGACAUCAAAGGUGUUUGUUGCAGAGGAAAAUUGCUCUGUUUGGAGGUAGUGAGUUGAAGUCAAACCUUUUCCUGCAAGUGAAGAGGGAGCUGCACCAUUGAGGAUAUUGUCAUGUGUUUGUUGAGUGGACAUGGUUUGUGGCAAAUGGCCUUGCAGGCCAAACUGAGACCUUUGGCAAUUAGGGUUGAGGGCUAGAGGUUUCUCUCCACUGAUGUAUGGAAAUAAGGCACACAUUCAAACAAAUUUAUUGUGACUUUGCACUUUUUCCUUGCAAAAUUUAUGGGAAUUCCUGUUUAAUAGUAGUGCAAUGUUUUUAUUUUUACAACAGAUGAUACCACCAAGGGGAUGUGCCUAUAUUGUAAUGGUGGAAAGACAAGAUGCAUACCGUGCUCUUCAGAAACUGAGUCGUGGGAACUUUAAAGUGAAUCAGAAAUUUAUAAAGGUAUUGGAUAUAUUUUUCAAUAAAAACUUAACUUAUAGGAUGAAAUUUUUCCUUCAACCCCCUCCCCAAAGAAGAUUUCUAUGGGAUAAUAUUUUCGAGAGGGAAGAGAGGAAUGUGAAAACAGAAAUUGCUUUUGCUGCAGACACCAUUGUCAUCCGUAGCAAUCAAUUAAUCCAGAGGGGUUUUGGAAAAAAAUAUUUGGUAGCAGUAAGAAAAACCCCAUGCAGCUCAGGCUGGGGGGAAUGUUUAUUUAUGGUAACUGUGUGGUGGAUGUGCCACGUGGCAAGCUCCUACAAACAGAAUGGACCACCAUGUUAAAUGGAGGCAGUUUAUGUGGCUUGCAUAGGACUGCUUAAUUACAUGACACUGUCUUUGGUCAUCUCGUUGCAAGAAUUUUUCACAGGGCUACGAUAUGUUAUUCUUUGCAGAUUUCCCAUUGUAUGUGGGCUGUGUUGAAUGUGAGUCACACUCAGAGUAGACCUGCUGAAAUAAAUGGACAUGACGAACUUAGGUCUAUUCAUUUCAAUGGGUCUACUCUUGGGUAAAAUGUUUUGCUUUCUGACUUUAGUUGUGCUGAACAAGUACAAGUUCACUGUAGGAAGGAAAUCACUGGUAUGUUGCUGUUUUCCUUCAGAUUGCAUGGGCUUUAAAUAAAGGAAUUAAACCUGACUAUAAGCAGUAUUGGGAUGUAGAAUUAGGCGUUACCUACAUACCAUGGGGCAAAGUUAAGCCUGAAGAUUUGGAAAGCUUCUGUGAAGGAGGAAUGCUGGACAAUGAAACACUUAGUCCUGGUAAGAGAUAAAUAUAUGGAAAACAAAUAUUUAUUUAAGAAAAAGUCUUACAAGUGAAAUAAUUUGAAUCUGUUUUUAAAAAGUCACUUGUUUUACUCUGCUUGCUUUGGGGUGGAACUUUAGGAGAUGUUUGUAAGUAGAACUUCACUUGAAUGUGAAUCCCCUUGGAGCGUGAAAUCUAAUUCAAACAUAAAUUCUAAUACUUACUUGGUAGUGUGAAAGAGGGCUGAUAAUUAGGGAAUAGUGAAGAUGUUUAUUCAGUCAAUUUUUACCUGAUUUGAUGCUUCUGUACCUGCUUGUGGUUUGGAAUGCAGCUCCUAGUCCAAUUACACACAUAUGCAGAUGAUGCAGUACAGUUUCAGUGUGGACAAAAAUAGUUAUAUUUACAAGAAUUUGAUAAAAUUUAUUUUUUAUGAUGAAAUCCAUAUUUUACAUAAAAAUAAUAUGUUAUGUAUAAAGUGCAUAAAAUUUAAAUGCAGAGUUUUGUGUGCGCUCACGUAACAUAAAUGGAGCUGAAUGGGACCUAUGAGGGGCUGCAGGAGAAAGAGGAGUGUGAAUUUUGGUUGUGUGAAUGGAAGUCUGCGUGUGCAGUGUUGGAUUCUACCCUACGUGCCUGUUAUAAAGAUAGAUAAUGGGGCUGCAAGAUAAACAUUUCAAACAAAUCUGUGCUUUUGCUGAACAAACUAUAUGUGCACAUUCCAAAAAUUGUCUUUUGUCACCCUAAACAGAUUCAGAUAGUAUUUGUGUUUGCCAUUGGGACAGAUAAGUGGGUUGGCCAUGAUGUAUACAUCUGUUCAGUUAAUGCAUUAAUUAAAUUAAUGGCAGACUUUACACUUGCAUUGUAAGGCAGAAAUUGAGAUUAAAUAUUUUGCAUUCUUGUAAUUGAUGUUUAUAUCUUUCCUGUAGAAUGGAAAGGAAUUCCAAAAAAGUCAGAAAACCAAGUAGCCCAGAAUGGAGGUGCGGGAGAUGCUGCACAUAAUGAACAAACUUCUCCGGUUGCUAAAAAUAUGUCCGUUCAAAUGCCUGUUCCUAUGCCCACACCAAUAACAGUGCCUCCACCACAGGUAAGUUGUUUUUCUCUUUUUGAUUUCUCAUUUCUGCACAUGGAAAUUUUAAAGCUUGAUUCAUCUUGUUGUUGAGAAGUAAGAUGCAAUUUCAUGCACUGUUUUGACAUGCUGACACACAUACCAUAUGAUGGUAUUACGGUGCAGCUUUUACAUGAUGAAAAUUCACACUUGAAACAUACAGCAAGAUUUAGUACUAACUAAAAGUAUACCUGAUACAGAAGAAAUAUCACAAUUUGUUGCUUUGAAGGCACAUUCAAAUGAAGAAAUCACGUGGUACAACCUGUUAUAGUAUCUUUGUUGUGUCAAAAAGCAAUGUGAGAAUUUAGCCUUAGAUUGUUUACAUAAGGACUAUAGGUUUAACUUAACCUGAUAACUUGUUGACAAAUUGGUUAAAUGAUGGCAAAACCUGCAGGGCCAUCAGCAUUGAAACUGUUGAUUUAUGUGUUAAUUGCAUUCGUUGAAAAGCAAACUUCAUUGAAAUCACUUCAAAAACACUUUUAAACAGUUCUUACAAUUGUGCAUAAUAUCUGAUAAAUUAACUGCUCUAAGAUUUUAUGCAAGUGAAAUUGUCUUUCUCUUACCUAUGAUCAGUCCAAUUAUAGGUCUUUUAUUGAAGAUCCUACGCCAAGAGGUGAAGUUUAACUGUACAAUCUAAAGAUACCACUUAAAAGCAAGGGACUCUUUAAAUCAGCUUUCACCAGCCUAUUACCCUCUAGAUGUUUUAGACUAUUUGUCCCAUCGGCCGCAGCCAGCUUGGUGGUGCUGGCUGAAGCUGAUGGAGUUGUGGCCCAAAUUGUUUUGAGAGCAUCAGGGUGAGAAAGGCUGAUUUAAAUGCUGCUGGAGCUUUCUGUAAUGCUUUUUAUUCAGCACAUAACAAUGCAAACACAUUCUUCAUUUUUAAAAGUAGCUUUUCUCAUUAGCUAAUGGCAGAUUCCGAAAUGACAACUACAAAGAAAGCUCCUUGUAAACGUUUGUGCUUCCUUAUCUCACAUGUAAAUGAUUCCACUGAAAAAGAGUUUUAGUAAGAUACAAUGUCUACACAUUAUUUGGAGAGAGAGAGAGAAUUCUAAUAGUUGGCUCUGUUAAAAUGUCACACAAAGACUUCAUGCUCAGUAAGUCAAUAUCUAUGGGUAAAAAGCUGUAGAAUUAUUGGUGAGUAAAUCUUUUCAUCCCACUGUAGGUUCCACCACACCAGCCAGGACCUCCAAUGGUUGGUACACUUCAGCCACCUACAUUUACCCCUCCUAUGGGAAUGCCACCUCCAGGAUUUGGUCCUGGAGUUCCACCUCCACCUUUUUUGAGGCCUGGCUUCAACCCAAUGCAUUUGCCUCCAGGUAAUUAAACAUUCUCAUAAUUUUCAUACAUAUGAAUUGUGAAUCUACUACAGCCUAGUGACACUCAGAUAUUUUGGACUCCAACUCCCAUUAUCUGUGACCAUUGCCAUGCUGCUUGGGGUGGAUGGGAGAUGUAGUUCAAAACAUAUGUAGGGCAUCAAGUUGUGGAAGGAUGCUCCUUUCCUUUUAAGGAGAAGAGAAAACUCCCUGGAAAAGACCCUGAUGUUGGGAAAGAUGGAGGGCACAAGGAGAAGGGGACGACAGAGGACAAGAUGGUUGGACAGUGUUCUCGAAGCUACCAGCAUGAUUUUGACCAAACUGCGGGAGGCAGUGGAAGACAGGAGUGUCUGGCGUGCUCUGGUCCAUGGGGUCACGAAGAGUCGGACACGACUAAACGACUAAACAACAACAACAACAUCAUAAAGGAUUUCUGUUGUAGUGAUGCUUUGUUAUUUCUGUCUUCAUAGGUUUCCUUCCUCCUGGACCACCGCCACCUAUUAACCCCCCAGUUUCAGUUCCUCCGGUCUCUGUUCCUCCUUCUCCAGGAGUAAACAUCCCAAACUGUAAGUCUAAUUUGUUAUGUUAUUAAAGUUGAUGGUAUUGCAAGCGUAUGCCAUUUAAAAUAUCUCUGUUAAUAUCACUGUUCUAGCUACUGUGGCCAAUAUAAAUGAAGACACUACAAAAGACUCUUCUGUGGGAAACCCCAUUCCAACAGUAGUUUCUGCAGCUAGAGGAAAUGCUGAAAAUGCAGAUGGCUCCAAAGGAUAUCCAAAUGCUCUGCCACCUGUAACGUCUACAAGUAUCUCAGCUUCUGUCACCCAACCAGUUCCACUCCUUGGUAAGUUCACUUUUCAGUUGCUGGAUAUAUAUGUGCUUUUUCUUUCUUUCAAAAGUACUUAUUCUACUUUGUCAAUAGUUAGGAAGUCAAAAUUUUAGAAAGCAAAGUGUUUUCCUGUGUAAUUUGGUGGGGAGUAAAGCAUUUAACGGUGCAAGUACCCACUAUAAAUAAUGAAAGAUUGAAGCAGUGAUUAAGUAUUGAGAAAUGAUUAUGUUAGGUACGUUUUAAUAAAACAAAUCCAGGGGACUCAGGAAAUAUAUAAGCAGAUUCAGGGUUCUGGGCUUACUUUUGCCAGAGAUGGUUUUUUUUCCUGGUCACCUAUGGCUGUGUAUAGAAAUAUCUGAAACCAGGAGUCAGUGUAGGUGUGUAGAUGACCCUGAAGAUGAACUGUUUUCUCACUGCCUUUAUUCCUUAAAAUAUUCAUUCCCGCAUUCUGCUGUCCCUUUAGCUUCUGGGAUAACAUCAGGACUGGGGGCUAAAUGCAUAUCUCAGGCCUCUCCAUAGGCUACACCCCCAUUCAGGCUACUCUCUCUCUCUUCGGGCCACACCCCUAUCUGGCCAUGCUUUAUGCCCUCCUUCAGUGUUUUUGGCUUGCUAGAAUCUGUCCUUAAACUAUGGUAAGGACUCUUUGGAUAGAAAAGUAUGUGUACAUGCAAACAGAAACCUCUCACUUCUGUAUAGCUGGGAUGAGGUUUACUAUAUCAAGAUAAGAGUCACAUCUAUUAUUUCACCCACUUUUGCCUCUGACCCCAACCACUCACAUGCAGCUUCCAGAAUGUUCCCCUAGAAGCAAUUCAGCCCUCAGACUGGAAGCAGGGUCCCUCCCUCUCACUUAGAUCCUCUGUCCUCCAUGUUUCAGGAGAUAUUGGUAUGUGUAAGUUUGUAUGCAUAAGUUUGAUUUUUGUUUUCAGAUACUUAGCAUGUUUAUCUGCUCAGUUACAUGGCAUUUUGAAUAAUAAUAAAAACAUUUUAAACACUUUUUAAACUCAGAAGAAUGGGCAAGUAGCUUUAUGGUUGACACAAAGAGCCAGGCAAUCAGUGGUGUGCAGAACAUCUCCUGAAACCCAGAACAGGCUUCUCCUGAGCUCAAUUCCAAGCAGUACCUUGUACGUUUGCCCAAAUGCAGUGAAUGUGCUCACAACUACAAUUAGGCACAUCUGUACAUAUCCUAAUAUAGUCUGAACCUGAGCAUACAAGAAAGAUGUAACCAUCUAAUGCACGGGUGUCAAACGCAAGGCCCGCGGGCCGAAUCCCGCCCGCCAGACCUUGUCAUGUGGCCCGUGUAGCCGCCGCCGCCGGCGGCCGCCAGCCUUCACCUUUUAUUCUCGCUUUUUUUUUUUUUGACACAAGAAAGCUGCCUCUUCAGCUCAUGUGCGGCAGCCUACAAGCCAGAGAACGUCUGCCCUCUAGCAGCGCCGCGGCCCCCGAUGAAUUUGAGUUUGACACCCCUGAUCUAAUGCCAUUGCCACCAUUUCUUUCCUUCUACUCCUCGUCUGUUUCCUUAUGUAAGAAUUGUCUACCAUUUUGUCACCUGAAUUUCUCACCAGUGCAGACUUGCAUUCCAUACUCUUCCACAUUUCCAGGAAAGGGGAUAAUGCAUUGAGAGUGGGGUUCUUUUUGGCCCAGACUGUCUUUCUAGAAUAAUUCAUGUAUCAUACAACUCUCAAACUCAGUUGCCAAAUCACCUGAAUUACUGCUUCCACAAUUUUUGGGGGGAAAGCUUUGCUAAAAUUGCACUUCCUUGGUUUGAAACCUCCUUAUUUCCACUUUGGAAUAUGCUAGCUGUUGGCAACCCAUUAUGAAUAUUCUCCACAGCUUCGGUUGUAUAUACAGCAUUCCAAGCACAAUAUUGCCUUAAUAUGCCAUAUACAUAUGGUUAAUCAAUCAAUAAUUUUAUUUGUAUGCCGCCUUUUCAAAGUCAAAAGGAUGCUGAAGGUGGCUUGCAACAUAUGCAAAAUUACAUAACUACAAACAUAACAAAAGUAGUCAUAAUCAAUAAACAAAACAUCAAAAGAUACACAAACAAAUUGAAUAAUUUCCAUGUAAAUCAAGAUCCAAAACAGAGAUACAAAGAAUAAAGAGCAACAACAGUAUCAACCCUGCCUCCAAUAAAAUGCCUUAAACAGUACCACUGCCUGAGAUUCUGUUCAGCAGCCUCAGCUUUUGUAGCUGGAGUCAGUCAAGGCUCUGCCCUCCCAGGCCAGGUGGGAAAAGCCCUCAAGCCAGGGAGCAGGUCUUCCAGGACUCAAAGUCAAGAUGGUUGGAAAUCACAUAUAAGUGUACAAGCAUAAUUGUUGUCACAGUGAUUUGGGGGGGGAUAAAAUAAAUAUUUUUUGUAAAUGUAAAAAAUGAUUACCCAGAUGUCACAAUGCCUGGUCUUAGGAAAUAUUCUAGGAAGACAAAUUCUAUAAUCCCUGGUACUGUUGUGCUACAUGAAAAUCUGGAGGGAAUUGAAAUGUUUCCUUUUAAGCUGUACUGGAGCAAAGCAGUUAAGGGACUGAUGUAAAAAACAUUGUGCAGUUAUGCCUGGAAAGCUAUAUAAGCUCUCCAGCUGAGAUAUGGGACCUCAAGUGUUUUAACAAACUUUUAUUUCUCUAGUUGAGGUGACUACAUUCCACACAAGCUAGAUCAACAUAUUUAAGUUUAUUUAAAGUAGCGUUCAGUUUUAUGGGGAAUGGUAUGAGGACCUGCUUGACAGAUCACAGUUCUGAGGCAUUGCAGGUGGAAAUUGGUAAGAUAAAUAUCCCUAACUUCUGCAUGGAAUCGGACAUGUAACAAUGAAUUCAGAAUACCCGAACAUCUUGAGCCUAAAGAACUUCAGGAAGGCUAUCAGCAAUAGAUGUCAUCAAGACAUAAGGACUACCAACUACCCGCAAUUCAUUCUUCUCCAGACUGUUUCUAUCAGCUUUCUUGCUUACUUCCUGCAAGCAUUAUAUAAAUUCUGAAAUUACGUGGCAGGCUUUGAAGGAAGGGAGGGAGAAAACUGGGUGUCAUCAAUAUACUGGAGGUACCGCUCUUCAAAAUUGACACCUAUCUAAUGCUUUGGCAUCUUACACACAUUGAACAUAAUGGAGGUCAUAUGACAUACUGCAGUAGUGAUACCAACAAGAAGUACAUUAUUUGGGCCUUUUGCAAAAAGCAGUGAUUAAUACUUCAGAGGAGGCUCAUGCUCGUGACACCUUGUAUUCACUUGAUCGUUAUAUCAGUGGUCUUUGAAGUAGAAAUUUAAAAAAACAAAUCUGUUGAUUACUUAACAUGAAUGGCUCAGGGCACAAUCUCAGUGUCAUAUCAAGUUGUGCUCAGGAGUUGGAUGAAGCGCAAGAGUAUAUGAAUUGCAAAGGCACCACCAGCUGGCAAUCUCCUGAAAGGGAGAUGGAAUUUGCUUAAGUGGAAAAUAAAAAUGCAGAGAAUCCACUCAAGAGUUUACCUUCUUAAUUACUGGUUUUCAUCUGUCAAUAUGAGUCUUGACUCCUGUGCACAAAUGCUUGCAUGAGUUCUUCCAGGUAUCCUAUCUGGUGGUCAUAUUAAAUGAAACGGAUGUAUUUAAACAGGGUUGCCCUGAGCCUUCCACAUACAUUUUGGGUAAAGCAGAGCAUCAGAGGAUAGUGUACAUUUCCAAAGAUGUCGGUCUUAAUUUCUGCUCUCACUCUGAUGAGGUGUAGAAUGUCUUGAUGUUUCAGAAAGCAAAUCCCAUUCCUUCAUGGUCGUUUGCAAUAUUCACUGUUGACAAACAGCUGCCAUUUAAUGAAAUUGUAUAGAUAUACUGAAUAAGUUAACUCAGAUUUGAUCCAGAUAUUACAAAGUGAGGCAUGGCUGAACAACUGCUGCUAUAUGGUUGGAGCCGCAUGCUGCACCAGUGUUGAAAAGUACUGAUGUGGUUGAGGCAUAUUAUGUGGUCCCUGUGCUAGCAAAGUACGCCUGGAAGCCUGCCACUUUUACUGGCAUAGGAACUUGUAUACAGUCUGCUGGAUCUACAUAUCUACUCUUGAAAAUGAGCCUGUGGUUUGGAGACAGCCCAGUUCAAAAAUGAUUUUCUAGCAGCAGUAUCCUUGCAUUUAUAAUACCUGAAUCCUCUUUAAGAGCAACUGGAUUCCAAAACCCUAUGUAUAUUGUGUAGUUAUUUCUGGGUGCCACCAACAACCUAAAGGUGUGUGGAAGCGGCUUCUGCUAGGUCUGUCUUUCAAGGCCUGUGAAAGCUAAACUAGUUCUAUGCAGUAAUUUUAAUGAAAAGCUUUCGCAGAUUUUUAAAGUUGCUGUGAUUUCAAAUAGCAUAUAAGUGCAUGUUUUAAAGGCUAUGAAAUCAUAGCGUAAGGAAAUUUUGAGGAACAUAACUUACUCUGAAAGCUGCCUAAACUGUACUGGGGGGAGAGAAUCUUCUGUACAGAGAACAACAUGGAAGAAUGCAUCACACAUGAAUGGAAAACAGGAAGAUUCUUCUGAGGAGACUACCCAGAGUUGCUUUUGCUUUGGAGUAUCUUAUGUAGACACAUUUCUGGCAACAUUCCAAGCAUUUUCAAGUGACAUGCCAUCUCUACCAUGUAGAAGUGUGACAUACAGACUAUAAUGCUUUCCAGAUGUGUCAGGAAAAAGGGUCCUAGAUUGCUGUCAUUUUUACAGAUACAGUUCCAGAAAGGUUGGGGUGGCUGAUCCCCCAAGUAAUGUUUCCACAUGGGAAUGUGGAUUUGAUAGCUUAAAAAAGUUGAAUCUCAAAUAAUCCACAGUUUUAUGAGUUUAAAUGAUUAAACAAAUGUGUGAUGUAACUUUGAAUUGAAAUAUACAUAAACAUUGGUUCACAACACCACAUUGUUUCUGUAAUUGUUGACAGGAAGUAACUGAAAUUCUGCACUAAGAAAAUAUGAACUCUGCAACCUGCAUGAAUUAUGCAGCUAAACCAUAUACAUAAUUUUGUAUAAUUUAUUUUGUUCAUGAUCCAAAAGGGGAAGCAUAAGGCCUAGGUUUCCCCGCCCCUUUGUUUUAAAUGAAAACUGAUAAUCUUGGGAAGCUUGAAUUCUGUGCCUACAAUCACAUUCUGGUUUCCCCCCUGAACUCGAAUGGAAUCACAGCAUGCACACAAUCCUAUACAGAUUUUAAGUAUAUUUUGUAAGAUUCCUGUUGCUUUUCAGACAUUCAAAAUUCUGUGAUUGUUCAAAGUGAUAGGAAUUCAUUUACAGUACAAUUUCCAACACAAGGUGACUGAUAACAUUACAUUAUUACACUAUUAGAUUUUUGCAAAUUGUUUCUGGGAUAAUAUCUGAGUUUUUAUUAAUGUUUUCUCAUUUGAGCAGCCUGCGUUAAUUAAUUUGUUGGUCAUGUGUUUAUUUUAAAAAAAAACAUUCAGAGACUUGAGAUAAAUGAUGAGGCACUCUGGGAGGGGGGAAUUAUUUCAGUUACUCAGUGAUACUCAAGAAUUAUUUUGUUCAGCUUGUCAAAGACAUCCAAUAAUUGUGAAGCUAUCGGUCUGCUAGCUGAAGAUUCCAUAUCAAAUGAUAUAGCACACAGUUCUUCUGGCUGCAUUCUAAUUAUGAAUUUCCACAAAUUUUCUUUUUAGCUUGUCAUCUUUUAUGUUACUUGUGAAAUGUGUUUCAUUUAUGUUCUGUUUGUUACUUAAUGACUUACAAUGAAAUGAAAAAGUUUUUGUUCUAAGCCAGCACUAAAAGUAAUUAAAUUUUGUUGACCUUUUAAAACUAAAAGUUUAUUAAAUGAGUAACAGGGAGGUAGAUUUCAGAAGACUAUGUUGACCCUGUUAUUAUCUGAGUACCUUAGUCCGGGAUUGGGAAGAAAUAGGUUGGGAUCCACAGGUAGCGCUCUGUGUGAACUGCAGUAGAUUGGCUAAGAUUUCUGUCUCUCAUAACAGUCCCUGCAAAAUGGCUCUCCUCACCCCAUAGUAUAUUGCUGAAAUGAGGAUAGCUUGAGGUAAUGAGUGGAUGUUUGUGUUGAAGGAUUAUGAACUCUGUUCUGAUACUCAAAACAAAGUCCUGGGCUCCAAAUUAUUUAAUUCUAAGUGUGUCUUUUGCACCAGGUUCCAGUUGGUGGAACUUGAGGUCCCUAGUACAAAACAAAGUCAAUCCUGCAAACCUGAUGUCUGCUCACCUCUGCCUUGCUGUAUUUUAUAUAGAUCCCCACUUUUCAUACCCCAAUUGUUGUUUAGAGAACUGGUUCUUUGCCUUAUUCUUCCAUGACUUAUUUGCCAAGGGUUCCCCAACCACAUUUUAUGUGUUCUGCAAUUAUCACACCCCUGUGUUCCACAUUCAGUACAAUGUUCAGUUAGCAUAUUAUCUUCUGUGUGGCACAUGAGUACUGCCACUUUGGCAAGGGGGAUAAUCUUGCUGCUGUUUUUCACUCCCAUCUCAUGAGAUAGGUGAACACUGAAAUAAGUUCAUGUGUCUUCUGUGUAUUGCUGUGUAGCACAGAAUUCUUAAAUAUGGAAUUGAGCUUGGGGAAUUGAAAAUGCACAUCUACACUUUAGGAAUAUAAGAUUGCUGAUCCCUGAAGAGUUGGAAAUUUUAUAUAAACACAUUCAUAAGUUUAGCAGUAGGAGACCCUGACUUGAAAAUGCACAAAAACUCCUUGUCAACCCCAAAAAACUUGUAGGAAUGCGACAGGGGAUUCAGUCUGCUACAGAAAAAUGUUCAAAGUACUUGACCAACCAAAUCACAGCAGGAUUACAAAGUUCUUGGAAAGUGUAGCUGGGAAAUACUAUUGUCUUGGAUACUGCAAGAAAACCUGCUUGUGUAAAAUGCAUAUGGGCUGUGCACUUACCCCAGUGUGAAAGAAAUGCACCAUGACUUCUCAAAACAAUGAUUAUGAGAACUGGCCACAAGUCUUAUAAUUAACCGGAAACUCUGGAAUAGAGAACAGGUGUGAAUGUAGUAUUUCUCCAAGUCAAAGCAAAUUGUCAUCACUAUAUCUUUAAUAUGUCUAAAGCAUAUUUAAUAGUCAUCCAUCAGUUAACAAUUUAAAAAACCAUACACAAAUCUAACCACAUUUAGUAAAACAAUAACUUGGUCCAAAUGAGUAUAUUAGUACUGUGUAAAGCAUGGUUUCUGCUGUAAUGGCCAGUGCACAAGAACGUUAAAUUGGGUAAGAAUGGUGUGCAAGCUUUCAUGUUGUAACUUCCUUGCCAAGUCAGCCAAGCCGAAACCCAGCUAAAAUUCUGUUGGAAAAAAAGUUAAGGUAGCUUGUGCCAGAUAUAAUCAGUUCAAGCAAAUAAUCUCUGUAAAUAUUAACUAACAGUGGGUUGGGAUCGCUUACCUUUACUAUUUAGCAAGCAUAUGAACUUUAAUUCCUUGGCAUGGCUUUCAAAUCAGUGAACUUUUAAUCCAAGGACAGAAAUCUGAGAACUAGGUUUGUGCUAGGAUAAAUUAUGGCCUGGUUCGUAAUCUUUUCUGCAUUGCUCUUGAUAUUUCAAGAACUGUUUGGAUUCACUACAUUGUUGCAUUUCAGAUAUUUGGUGGUAUUACAAGAGUUGGUGCAUAUUUCAUCUCUUAGUUUCAUUAAGCCUGCAGGUAUUUUCGGUUUUAUUGUUCUUUAGGAUAGAGCAUGAAAACUUGCUGAACUCUUUAUGUUGCGAAUGCCAUUUAGCUGUCACUUUUCCUAUCAUAACCUGAAAAUGACUCGUAAGGGAAAUUUACUAGUAAGCUUCCACUUCAUGGAACAAAUCUUAUUAUGACAAGUGCGAGAGGAACUUAUAAUUCUGUAGCGUAUUGCCAUCCCUUCAAAGGAGUGUUCUUUGCUUCAGCAAGCCUGGAAUAGGCACCUUGCAGUCCUGUUCAGACUGUGUGUGAGGGGGUGGUUGUAAGGUAAGGAGGGGAUGGUGAAAUGAUGCACACCCUAGCUUUUCCCAGCAGUUCUGUAUGGUCCUAGAGGGUUUCCGUUUGAGACUGGCUCAAAUGUGGGAGGUAAUGGAUGGUUUUUGACAGCAGAAAAAGAAAAAGAUAUCGUCCCCCCUUUUCUUCUGCAUAAAAUAUCCCUGGAUAGUUCAAGGAGAAAUGUAACACAUCCACACACCAAAAGUAAGUAGCAUGAAUCCCCAACCCUAUUCUGUCCCUUUAGAAUACCAUUUACAAGCUCUUGGGGACUUGAGCAGCCCACUUAAUCUUCUCUCCGGUUUCCUCUGUCUUAGUUACUCUGAACCACAGAAGUAAAUGAAGAAUUGCAUCGUUUACCUGACGUUGGCUCAUCUGUUGUUGGAUUCCAGUUCUCAUCAGCCUCAGCUUAGCAUGGCCAUUAGGGAUAAUGGAAGCUGGAAUCUAGCAGUAUCUGGAGCUCCACACACUAGCCUCACCUGAUUUAAACCCUCUCCCCUUCUCCGGGGUGGAAAAUUUCAGAUUUUUAGCGUAGCUGAUUGAGCCAGUAGCUUGGCUUCCUACCCCUGCCUCCCAAAAGUAGCCGUAGCAAGCAAGAAAAGUUACUGUUGUGGUGGUUCCAUGUGAAACUGGAAAUACCAUCCCUAAAACUGGGUGGCCUAGUUUUUAGUAUUAUUUCUGCAGGCUUAAUGGUCAUUAACAUUCCAUAAAACUUAGAAACUCACAAGUUCUUGCAGGCACGUGUUUCAAAAAUGUUUAGAAUAUUAAAUACUAUGUAAACCUAGGUAGAAUAUAUACACAAGCUACUUCCUUAUUUUUAGUGGCUGCCUUUGGUUUCCAUACCGAUAGGCUUUUGACCAAAGGUAUGCAGGUGACACUGUGGUCUAAACUUCUGAACCUCUUGGGCUUGCCAAUUGGAAGGUUGGCAGUUUGAAUCCAUGAGACAGGGUGAACUCCCAUUGCUCCCAGCUUCUGCCAACCUAGCAGUUUGGAAGCACACUAGUGCAAGUAGAUAAAUAGGUACUGCUGUGGCAGGAAGGUAAAUAGCAUUUCCAUGUGCUCUGGUUUCCGUCACAGUGUCCUGUUGUGCCAGAAUUGGUUUAGUCAUGCUGGCCUCAUGACUUGGAAAGAUGUAUCAGGACAAACACUGGCUCCCUCGGCCUGAAGCGAGAUGAGCACCGCACCCCAUAGUCCCUUUGACUGGACUUAACCAUCCAGGGGUCAUUUACCAUUUCCCUAGGCAUUUGACCACUUGACUUUGCAGUUAAAGAGAAUGAUGACACUGAGAAGUUAUGAAAUCCCCAUGGUUCUUCGGAAAAAUACUUAUCAAGCUUGUUCCUGCUUAAAGGUGACAGGAAGCUGAAGAGUUGCCAAUUCUUUAGAAGCUUUAAUUCUUUAGAAGCUUACUAUCAACCCACCUGGAAGACUCUUGGUAAUAUGAAUAGAUUGUCAAAAAGUUGCUAUGUAUGAGUGAGUGGAGGCGGUGGAGGAUGGAUGGCAGCUAACAGAUUGAGGUUGAAUCCUGACAGGACAGAAGUGCUGUUUUGGGGGGACAGGAGGCGGGCGGGUGUGGAGGACUCCAUGGUCCUGAAUGGGGUAACUGCCCCUGAAGGACCAGGUGCGCAGCCUGGGAGUCAUUUUGGAUUCACAGCUGUCCAUGGAGGCGCAGGUCAAUUCUGUGUCCAGGGCAGCUGUUUACCAGCUCCAUCUGGUACACAGGCCGAGCCCCUACCUGCCCACGGACUGCCUCGCCAUAGUGGUGCAUGCUCUGGUUAUCUCUCGCUUGGACUACUGCAAUGCACUCUACGUGGGGCUACCUUUGAAGGUGACCUGGAAACUACAACUAAGCCAGAAUGCGGCAGCUAGACUGGUGAUGGGAGCGGCCGCCGAGGCCACAUAACACCGGUCUUGAAAGACCUACAUUGGCUCCCAGUAAGUUUCCGAGCACAAUUCAAAGUGUUGGUGCUGACCUUUAAAGCCCGAAACGGCCUUGGUCCAGUAUACCUGAAGGAGCGUCUCCACCUCCAUUGUUCUGCCCGGACACAAGGUCCAGCGGCGAGGGCCUUCUGGCGGUUCCCUCACUGCGAGAAGCCAAGUUACAGGGAACCAGGCAGAGGGCCUUCUCGGUAGUGGCACCCGCUGGAAAAAGGUUUAAAAUUUGCAGGACUAUAAGACUACUAUGCUUUUGAGCAUACAUGUCAGAUGAAACGUAAGGCCAUUUUGGAGAGAGACCAUUUGGGGUCUAAUCAAAGUUUGUUUCCUUUAGUACAACUCUGAUUUUGUUAUGUUAAAAGAGGAUAAAAUAACUGCUAGUUGCUAUUCGGGGGAGGGAAUGGGGACUCAUACUUUCAUGUGUUAUCUCUUUCUUGGAAUUGCUGGAAGAAAUAGAAAUUUAUUUGCCUGUUCUCUGCCCUUGCAUUGGCUGCCCGUCUACUACCAAGCCAGGUUCAAGGUCCUUGCAUUUAUGUCUAGGGCAUCUUGUGGGUUGCCCAAAGCCUUAUAACCCAGUGCAGUCACUCAGAUCCUCUGCCGUUGGUUCUCCCCCAGGUUGGCCAGGCUCAUUUGACAUCAACACAAAAGUGAGCCUUUACUGUCAUUGGCCCAGUCCUGUGGAAUAGAUUCAGCAGGCACUUUCUGUUUCAAGCUUUGCAAAUACGGAUUUUUUUUUCUCUUCUACCUGGCUUAUGCCAGCAAACAGGAACAGAUGUCAGCCACUGUUGUGCUCUCUUGCACCUCUGUUCAGAACUAAUAGGAGGGUACAUACCCAAUCCAAUGAAAUUUGGACAUUAUGAGGGGGCUAAGCCAGUGCAAACAGGAGCUAAGCGGGAAAAGCAGAACAGCCUGUCAUGAAUUAUGGAUUAUUAUUUUGUAUUUUUACUGAGCCCUUUCGCAGGUGCCAUAGGCAGUAAUGGUCAGCACACUGGUGUUUAUGCCCACCAUAUUGGCAACCUUUGAGCUGAAUACACUAAUUCUCAUCUUUGUAUGUGUUUGGUAUUUGUACGUGUGUCUAAUUUUUUUUAUCUGACUUCGAGCUUUAUACGAACCCAAGAUGUGUGUGCUAUGCCAUAUAGAUGACAUGCAGAACUGACUUUGUAGGACUACAGUAUAAAAAGUUUUGAGGGGAGGAGCCUGCAGAAAGCUACUUUGGACUGUGUACACAAACAGGGGAGUUAAUUUAUUUGUGAUGAAGUAUUUCAUUUAUAACAAAAGCCCUCCCUUCUGUUGCAUUUCUUUUAACAAUAUUUGGGUAUGAUUCAUACCCAAACUGGAGCACUCUUUAAUCCUACCAAAUGCAAUGGGAGAGUUAAAUUUACCUGCUUAGAUAUAUUGUGUUAAAAUAAAUGGGACUUAAAUGAGCUUGAUGUUGAGUGAAUAUGCUGGUACUAAAUGGGGGAAGGCAGUUGUGUUGGAGCAAAGGUUGGUUGAGGAAGUCAGGAAUAAGUCCUGCAGUGUAUGAAUUGGUUGGGGGAUUGUAGCUUGCAGCUUGCUGGAGCAGCAGAAAAAUAGGGGUUCUGGCACAUUGACUUGCAUAUAUUUUUGAAUGUAUCUUGCAUCCAUUUACAACUUUAUUUCUUUUGGUUUGCCAGGUACUCAAGGAGUUACACCCAGCCCUGUGAUUGGGCUACAGACACCUUCCACGGGCCUUUUGGGUGCACGGCCUGGUUUGAUACCACUCCAGCGACCCCCAGGAAUGCCACCGCCUCAUCUGCAACGGUUUCCAAUGAUGCCACCUCGGCAUAUGCCUCCCCAUAUGAUGCACAGAGGCCCACCUCCAGGCCCAGGAGGUUUUGGGAUGCCUCCGCCUCAUGGGAUGAAGGGCCCUUUCCCCCCACCUGGCCACUUUGCAAGGCCUGGUGGAAUGCCUGGAGGGGGGCCUGGUGGACCCGAUGAUCGAGAUGGAAGACAGUUCAGGAAUGACAGGCAGCCGUUUACUCCAAAUAGAGACCAGGAAAGGUUUGGAAGGAGGUCUUUUGGAAAUCGGAUAGAAAAUGAACGGGACCGCUAUGGUAACCGCAAUGACGACAGAGAUCAUGAACGCCUUGGUAAUCGUGAAAGGAGAGAAUGGGGAAGAAGAAGCCCUGAACGUGAUAGACACAGAGACUUGGAGGAACGAAAUAGGCGUUUCAGUGGACAGAGAGAGAGAGAUUCUAGAGAUAGGGAAUCUCGCAGAGAAAAGGACGAAAAUCGAGGAAAGGAGAAACCAGAGUUGACAGACAGGGUAGAUGGUGUUAAAAACCAUGAACCCCAGAGCAGCAAAGUGGAAAAUACAGACUCUGUUCCAGAACUUAAAAAGGGGGAGGCUGAACCCACAGGUGCAAAACCUGCUGAAGAGUUAACAUCUGAGACUACCUCAUCUCUUGAACAACCUGAAGAGUCUACUGGCUCAGUCACAGAGGCUCCUCGCUAGACUGGAAUACUUGUCAAAAAAAAAAGUGACAUUGGAGUGUAGAGCUUUAGAGUUGUACAGUAUGCUGUAUAUUUGCUUUUGCUAUUUCACAACUCCUCCAUAGUUUAUGGGAUAUGUAAGCAAUUUGAUUGCUUCCCUUCUAUUUAAAUAGCUACAAAAAUAACACAAAAGAAAUGAAUAAACCAUUACCCUUUUUUUGCUGUAACUUUUUAAAAGUUUUGACUUUAAAAAGUUUACAAGUCAGAAUUAGAAGUGCUAUUUUUUUUAAUUUAAGUGAAGGUAACGGUAAAAGCUCCUAAAAACAAAUAGGGAUGUGUUUUUAAUAAACUCUAUUUUCAUAACAAACUUUAAUGUGUGCUAUUCUUCCUACACUGCACAGAAGUGGUAAAGGAUUGUUCAACAUCUUAAAGUUUGAACUGUUAAUGCUGUACUGGAGUCUAAAUUAGACUUUGUUUAAAGCUGUUAAAACAUGUUUGUGUAACAGUUCACAAAAAUGAAGUAUAUGUGGUAGUUAUGUUCUUAGAUUUCUGAAUUUUAAUUAACAUGACUAUUCUAGAUGGAAAAAAUAGCUCUUAAAUGUUUCAAGAGGAAACCUAGUGUUUGCAGUGAAAUCACUUUUAUUUGUUUUUGUUUUUCCUCACCAUCCAAGAGAUUUUGUGGUAAAUGUUGCCCUAAAAAAAGUUCAACAUUGCGUCCUGUGGAAAGCACACCUUAUUUUUUGUAAUUUAAUUGUGUUUUUGAGGGAGGUAAGGCACCAAAUUACCACUAUAUUCCAAUCUGUUUUUGAAUGUUCUCUCUCCUGUUUUGUCUACUACAUAACUACUGUCAAAUUGCUUGUAACAAGCUAGAGGAGCAAGUAUUGACUUAUUAGCCCCUCUGCUGCAUUCUGAAAUGCAGGCAGUACUUGGCAAAUUGAAAAAUUACAUCACCCCAUGGUUUGACAUGCUCAGUUCAGUUACUGUUCCCAUUCAGAUGAGUUUUUCCCCUUAAUUUUUUGGGAAGUGGAAUGUGAGGUAGGUAAGUUAUCUUGCAGUGGUAGAAUAAAGAGAAACUUCAUAUACUUGUGACAUCGAUUUCCAUGCGUUGACCUUUGUUUCUAUGCUAGUAGCCACUUAGGAAAUGCACCAAAACUCAAUUUUAAAAAAUAGUUAACUAUUUCAUGAAGUAGGAAACUGAACAGGCAUGAAACUGCAACUGCUUUUUGAAAUUUGACACCGGUAACUUAACUCUUAACACCUACGGCUGUGAUUGAACAUGAUCUUUUUACAAUUAAAUUAUGCAGGCCAGGUAGAGAAUAUCUUCCUCCAAAUUCUAUGGAGAGCUAAUUUAAACUGUGUUAGAAUGUAAAGCCCAAGUGAGUAAGAUUAUAUAAUUUAAUCCCCAUGUUUACUGACAGUAGUUGUCACUGUUACUUUGAGAGCCAGUAUGUCAUCUGCCUUGUUUUUAACACAAUUUGACAAAGCUAUUGUCAAGGUUUAUUUGAAAAUAAGUACAAUAUACCCAAGCUUAUUUCAAGGCAACGCUGCAACCUAGAGGGCUUCAGGUAAGAUUGUCAGUCUUGGUGAGCAAGGGUCUAACCUGCUCAAGCAUGUAAACAAUUGCCAAACCUUCAAGAGAGCUAUAUAGAAAAAAAAUGUGCUUUCUGUGUGCCUCUUGCAUUAAAGGGUUUUAGCCAAUACCCUUCUCCAAAGCAGGCAAUCACAUUAAUAUUGACAUGUUCGGCACAUAGCAUUUACCAUUUAUUAAGCAUGUUCAUCUGCAAUAUCUACCGCUCUCACUUUGUGUGAUGUUGGUAUGAAUUUCUACUAAGGUUAAGAACUUUUGUUAAAAUGUCAAAUAGAAUAUGGCAAAUAUGUAUAGCAAUAGCUAGACAUGGUGGAAACAAGUUUUUUAUAUGCACAGUAGCCCUCUACAGCUAUGCAGCUGAAUAUCUCACUAUACAAAGCUCAGUUUAGCCAUUUCAGAUAGCUCAAAGUGGUUGUUGCUGAGACAAGACUGCUCCUGUAAGACCAUACACUAUCAGUCUCCCUAUAUAUUUUCUAUGAAACCCAAGCUACUCCAUAUUACCUAAAUAAGGAAGAAUAUAAAGAUUUAGAACCUGGCUUCUACAGGAAGUCAGAAUGUCUACUCUGUAGCUAUAACUCACAAUCCCAAGAUGCAGAUCUUUUAAAUAAGCCACGGCAUUCUCUUAUGUCCUCUCCAACAGCUCACAAGAAAGGCAGACUCGGCUAUCUCACUUGCAGCAAUUAGUUUGUCACAGAUUACGUUUGAUUGGAGUCAGUAACAGUAGACUUCAGAAGCAAUUUUUCAUUUAAUGAUUGGGUUUAUCUACACUUAUCUGAUGUACUGGAAUCGAUGAGAAGUCACCCCUCCCCAUUGGAAACGCUGAUGUGAGAACUCACUAGGUUUAUACCAUAUUUAGAGCAAAGCAUUCAGGACUAGGGUUCUCUCAAGCUAGCUUGUUUAUGCCACCAUCAGGUAAUUUCAGUUGUCCAGAUGUGAUUAGAUGAUGAAAUCAGCAGAGGACUUUACCACCUCUAUCAAAGUGAACUGGCGGUGCUUUGGUCCAUCAAGGCAAAAAUUCUUGAACUAAUGUUCUACUGCCACUUUAAUUACAAGGUAUACAAAAUAAGACAACUUAUUGGUUUAAACCCCAAUUAACAGAGCCGCAAGAUUAAACAGUUGCUUUUUAUCCUAAACAAAGCCAAAUAAUUGCUAGUUCUAUAGGUACAUUUACAUUCUGCAUGUAGGUUUUGGUAUACAGUGCCACUGUCAAAGAUCUUAAGCCUUGGCCAGUCCAAUCACACCACAAGCUAGACGAGCACCAGCAUUUCCAGUUUUCUUGCUCUCUUCAUUUCCUCCUCUACCCAGAUCAUCAACUUUUUCAUGAACCUAAAAAGGGAUAGAUAAGGUGGAGAUCAUUACAUUAAUAAAUAAUUUGAGGGAAAGUAAGUUUCAACCACAUGGUGCAAAUGGUCCAAGGCAGGAUAAAUACUAUACAUCAAAUAAUUAGUAAUCUACAAACAUCAUAGAAAUAACUAAGUUAGGAAAUAAGUUGUUUAGGGGUAGUGGCUGUGUAUUCCCACAAGGCUUGCUGCCACUGUUAUGGGUACUCUACGCACUACAUAUAGUCAACCAGAUCUGGCUAGCUUCCCCAUUAGGUUGACAGAACACUUCCAAAUUUGCACUUGCAGUUGAAAAGAACCAGCACCUCACCAAAAGCCUGUACUCAGUAGUGUAUAGCAAAAUAUUUUAAGCGAUAAUUUUACAGCAGAAACAUCUGCAGCUCUGCCCAAGUACAUGCAAUAUUAUAAUGAACUGCUUCUCAAGCUAGGCUGAGAAUGAAGCUUUGGAGCAAAGUGAGGAGCUCCUUAAAAUACCUGGGAUAUUUUUUCACCUCAGAAUUUAUAGCAAGACUCUGAUCAUGUGCAGUAAUGCUCAGAAGAAUUCCAGGCUUCCAAUACGCUUUAGCCCAUUUCUGGUGCUGGUGAUGCCCAACGCGCCUACAUUAUGUAAGCAAGCAUGUCUAAGGAGAAUCAGAAGCAGCAACUCUGUGCCAAGACCUCUAGGUCAAAGUACUGAAGCAAACCAUCCACAGGUAAAAAAAUUAUAUUGAUGUAUUUUUCCAGAAUUUGUAGGGAAGUUGCUCAAAGAAAUACUUACCACCAUAGUACGCCCGAUAAUGCAAUGUGGCCCCGAGAGAGAAAUAACAUGGUCCUGUAUUGAUACUGUUGCUACACCUGAACCAUCUGCAGUCACAUUUCCAAGAUCACCAACAUGCCUGGAAUAGUUGAUUUGAUUUUAUAAGCAGAAUAUGACCUGUAAUAAUUGCUAAAUGCAGUUGACUGAGGUGCUACUGUGACACACAACUGCUGAAACAUACGAAGCUGGUGCUUUCCAGCUUCAGUAACAGGUACUUGAAAUAUAUAGACAAGUGUUAAGAUGAUAUUAUAGCCAGCUCAAGCUGUCUACCCUAAUUGUAAAAACUUCCACCAGUGUAACAUGCAGUUAUGCCUAAAACCACAUCAUUCCUACCUGACAAUAAGCCAUCUCUAGUAAAAAAAUUAUAUAAAGUGAUUGUUAAUACUGGACAGUUUAAUUUUUCCUGUUAAAGCCAUUGUUUUGCUGAGUUUUUAUCAUGGUCUAAAUACUGGAAUUUUCGACCCAUGCGCUUCCAAUAGCUUCAUAUGUAAUGGCAACACAAGGAGAGGGAUUUAGAAGCGUACAAAAUUCCAGGAAAUUCUGAAGAGUUCAGGUGGGGUCCUAUAUGUAAUUUAGAAUGGCCAUUUUAAAAAAUGAAACUUAAUUGUAAUUCAAAUGUACACAACUAUUGAUGCCUCUAAUUGUAUGGCUGUAUUUUGCUUGUUCUAGUAGUGCCUGUAUUAACAUUUUUAUUUUAUGCAAUGCUGAAUAAAAUAUAUGCAGGAC